AUGGGGAGGGGGCCUGUGACUCACAUGGAAGUCAGAGAAAGGUCUGCCUGCAGGCUAAGGGUAACUCAAAUGUGGCCAAUGAGUUUGCUGCAGCUUGAUUUGUGUAUUUGUAAACAAACUGAUAUUUCAAAAAUGAUGUUAGUCUUUGCCCUCCCAGGGAGAAUGAUAAUGCAAAAUGACCUGGAACGUCCUACUCUUUGGUGUUUGGAAAGUGUGAAAUAAUGCAAUACAAAUUAGCAUUAGCAAUGAAAGGUGUGCAAUGUGUUGAUAUUGGCAGUGUAUUGAAGGUCAAAACUUGUGUACUGGUGACGUGCCAUGUUUUGGACUAUGGCACUGUUUGGCACACUUUUUUAUGCUUGAAGCUUGGAAGAUCAACCUGCUUUGAAGCAUUUUGAUGGAUAUGUUACAUGUGCCCAGCAGGAAGCACAUGUCUAAAUAAAUGUGGUCUAAUACCUAAAAGCCCAAUCUUCCUUGCGCAUGCUGCAGUGUGACCAAUAGAUGGGUGGAGCUAGUUUCAGGGACUUUGUGAAUUGCCUGGGUGACACCCUUGACAAAGGAACCCUGGCUUGGUGUAGAUUCCAUGUAGACUCAUCUCUUAACCAUUGGGAGUGCCCGUCCAAGUCCCUUCUCCCACCUCAACCCCAUCGUUCCCUUUCCCUUCCAGCACUCACUAUUGAUAAUGGCUGGCUGACAGCACUUGGGCCACUUUAACUAUAAUCUCUCUUCUAUCACUUGUGGCUUGAAUUGAGAAAAUGGGUGUUUGUCUAUUUUUACAAUUCCACUACAUGCAUUACUUAGCUUACCAAUGCCAGGAUGCAAUGCUACAUUGUUAGUGGCUGCUGUUACACCUUUGCAUAAGUUUAGACUUUUGCAGAACUUUCUGCUUUUCCUUUUACCUCACUCAGGCAACUUCGGAUAACACUUCAUGCAUCUGACAAAGCAGACUCUUGUCCAUAAAAGCUUCUGCCAUAAAUAAUUCUCUGGUGUGGUAACAUCUACAGCAGAAGGUGAGGCAUUUGGGCAUAUUCUGAAACAAAUUAUUUCAACAUAAAUAAAGAUAUUUUGAAGAGGCCUUGUGUUGAAAACCCUAAAUAUGCAGGCGGGGUGGGGAAUGACCUAGUGUAACUCCAACCACAUUUCCACCAUUCUGCACACCUGUUCACCUUGAAACGAAAAGCGCCUUAUGUAUAUCUAUCCAACUAAUGGGAUAUUCUCUCUCUGUGUGUACCGUAAUGAGGACUUUCUCCCAAGUAAUCAUGCAGAGGAUUUGCCAGCCUAAAGGGCAGCAGAAUUAAAAGCAUAGGAAGAAGGAUGUAAAACCUUGUUUUGAGCAAGUCCAGUUAUGAAGUAAGCUGGCUUCCUCCUUCUCACCCCCAUUAAGAAGGAAUCAGGUAACAACUUGUUAAGUAAGUUGAAAACAAGGUUUACUUACUUCAUAAACAUGCAUUGGUUCACAGCAAUGGCUGUGUUGAACCAUAGGUGAGUUGUUCCAGGAGCUUUGCUAGCACUAGCUAAAUACUCAAGAUAACCUCACAACUAGUGGCAGCUGUAGCACUAAGCUUUCGUGCAACACACUUGGGAAGCAGGCUAAUUGACCUGCUCAAGGAAGGCAGUUACCACCAUCCAUGGGUGUGUGAUACUAUGUUUCAGGCCUAACUGGAGCAAUAUCAGCCGCCUGUGGGGAACCUUGGGUGUGGUGGAGAUCAUGGCUACCUGUGGGCUGCUCUACUGUAUAAAAAGCAUUUGCUCCAGCGCCUGGUUGCAGACAAGCCAUUUCCUUGCUGUGGUCUGUCCCACAAUGUGCUGGAAGCAGGGGCAAGGAGGAAGCCUUCAGACCUUUUGUUGUGAGUUUGCUUUUGCUUUAAAUAAACUACUACACCCUGUUCAACCUGGUAGUGUGGAUAGUUUUCUUUGGGAACCUGAGUAUUCCAAACCCUGGGAGCCCUCCUCUUGCUCUGCGGGACAGAACAAUGGCAUUACAGUGGUACCUUGGGUUAAGUACUUAAUUCGUUCUGGAGAUCUGUUCUUAACCUGAAACUGUUCUUCACCUGAAGCACCACUUUAGCUAAUGGGGCCUCCUGCUGCCGCCGCACUGCCAGAGCAUGAUUUCUGUUCUCAUCCUGAAGCAAAGUUCUUAACCCGAGGUACUAUUUCUGGGUUAGCGGAGUCUGUAACCUGAAGCGUAUGUAACCUGAGGUACCACUGUAGUAAAAAACAAUACAGGGUAGAUUUUCUCAAAAUCUGUACAUAAAAUUAAUAGAUAUUAACAUCUGCAAAAAGUAAUAACUAGCCAACGGCACUAUACUGUAGUUAGUACUAUACCCUCCUUGCUCUCCAGGGGAGGAAGGAAAAUGACGCCACGCAGAGCCCUCUCUACCUGCCUGUCAGCGAUACAGCUCUGCGGACUUCACGCUUUCUCACGCUAAUCUGUUGGGUCUGGCUGCUCCCUCCCACAUCGACAGCCCCCGCACCGGCCACUUUUCCGGGCCGCUGUUCCUGCAGCCCCGCGGGGGACUCGGCAGCUCCUCGCUCCCCUCCCGCUCCCGGGCGAGCCGAGCAGCCGAGGGUCUCGCGCGAGGGCGGGCGCGUCGCAGUUGCCAAGGCAACCGUGACCUAGGCGCGUCGGGAGCAGCGGCGUCGGCGUCGUGACGCGCGCAGGGUUACGGCCUCACGCACUGGGGCGAGUGACGCAAGCGGCGGGCGCACGCACAUGCACAUACACACGCGCGCGCGCGCGCGGCCAGGGGGAGGGGCCGGCGCUUCUUUUCCCCUUUUCUGUUUCUUUUUUUUUCCUCCCCCCCUUUCUUCCUCCCCCCUUCCUCCUCUUCCUCCUCUUUUAAAUAUUGUUUUUGGAGAAAGGUGCUGUUGUUCCCCCCUCCCUCCCUCCCUCUUCUUCUUUUGCCCCUCUUUUCUCCCCUCUCCUCACCGGCGGCGGCCUUACCUGUCCUCACGAGCCCCCUCGGCCAGGUACCACCACAGCCGCAGCCGCGCCAGCCCCCCCCCCCCCGCCCCCGCCCGCCUUGCUCGCUCGCUGGGCCUGCCGGGCCUUGACCCCCGCCUCUGGGCCAAGCUUUGGACGGGCCCGCCGGGGCGGCUGAGGCCACUUCCCUCUUCCCUCCGGCCCUCAGCGCCUCCCUCCAGCUUCAUCCCACCUGGAGCCCCAGCCCCCCCCCCGCGGUCUCUCCCUCCCCUGCACUUGUUGCUCCGCAGAGCCUCCUCCCGCUGCCUCUCUCCUCCCCCCUCCGCUUUCCCUUUGCCUCCUCUACCUCCGCUCCGUCUCUCACGUCAGAGGAAGCGGGGAGCACAGCGGGUCCUUGGGCUCCCUCCCCGCCCCGAGGAGGAGGAGGAGGAGGAAGGCAGGCGGCGACCGCAGCAGCACCGCCCGGACACGGCAGCGAGGGGAGGGGGGCACAGGUUCCCCUCCUCUCUCCCCCUUCUCCCCCCAAGGUAAGCGCGAUCUCGUCCAAAGUGGGGCUGGGAUUGGAAUCCCCCCAUUUGUCUUUCCGCUUUCGGCAUUGCGAGUUGUAGUUUCGGGGUUCGGGCGAUUUUGGGGGUGGCAAAGGCGGCUGGAGGUGCUGCUGCUUUAGCUGUUCCUUGUUUGUUUCGUUUAAAGCCCCUUCCACGGUUAGCGUAGGGGAAGACUUCGUUGUCCCGGAUGUAGCAGAUACUGGAGGUUAUAUUUCCUGCUCCACCUGUGCAACAGGUCCGAAUCCGAACAAUGAAUGGGGUUAAGAGAGUAUUUGGAGUCUGUGUUGAAGCAGAGAAUGAUGGACAGUGGUGUAUGCCGUCGGAAACUAUUUUCUCCGGUUGGUCUCCCUCUUCGCUCCCGCCUUGUGUUCAGAGAACGCAGCUGUCGAGAGAAUCUUAGCAGAGACUCUUGUGCCCUCCUUCAGUGUGGCGCUUCAGAUCUUCAUUUCUCGGUCAAGUGGAGCAGAUCAAGCUGUGGCCAUGGCAGUUGCAAGAGCUGAGGCAUAUUCCUUUAUCGCAGCCAUGCUCUGAGAUUCUCACACUGGUAGAUUUGGUAGUUUUACAGAGGCUCUGCUUUUUGCAUAUUUGUAGGCUGGAUCACCUUAUCUCUUGCUUGCCUGUGGCUCCUAAAUAUCCAGCAGCGGAGGUGUAAAAAGCAUUUUCAUCUGCUGCUAAUGUCAGGAGAUUUGGUAGCAGCAUGAUGUUGUAAAGUUCUGAGAAAUACGGAGAAUGCUAAUGAUACCAGCUGUGUGUUGGGUUCAAUAAGCAAGGACAGGGAGAUGUUCUCAGUGACAGCCUCUCAAUUCUGGAACUCCUCCCACUGUGAUUUUGCCAAAAUACAAGUCUGAGCAGCUUUUGGAAACAAGUCUACCUGUAAAUGAGUUAAAGCAUUGGUUUUCGUUUGUUCUAUGGCACCCUGGGGUGACUUGAGGAACAUUCAGGGGAUUCCGGGGGGAGGGGAUCCUUUCAUUAACUUGCAGCCCAUAUCUUUCUGCAUUAUCUUUCUCUCUGAGGAACAUUCAGGGUAGCCAGCAGCUUUAACUCGCAGCCCAUAUCUUCCUGAAAUAAAACAGCAACAAAAAUGUGGCAAAACACUUUUUCAAGACUGUUUAUCUUCUUAAAAUCUACCCCCUCCCCCAACAAAAAUCCUUCCCAGCUUCAGUAACAGUUUUACACAGAGGGCUUGAGAAAUGCAAGAAAAGUUCCUGGUGUGUGUUUGUGAUGAUAUCUGGAAAUGGAUUCAUAUCACUAUCACUCCUUCGAGGGAAUAACAGAUAGUCCUUUACUUGGUCUUGCCAAGCUGUUGAGUACUCUCAUGCAGUAGGUUCUCCCAGUUAAGUAUGCAUGAUGUGCCCCUUUAUUUAUUUAUUUUGCUUUGCAAGUUUAAGUAGUGGCCCCUGUGGUUAGGGUGUGAUGUUCUACAACAUGUCUUUUCUGCUACAACUUAUUCAGCAUCUUCUUAAUUUUCUUGUUCUUGUGAAGUCACUCCAAGGACCAUCUUCGUUCUUUAAGGAAGAGAGACUUUUGAUCCGCAGCAACAGAGGGGACCUGUUGUUGUUAGUGCUGAGGGCCUCAUUCUAUCAGAUAUGUGGUCAGGGGCUGUCAGCAGGUGGACAUAUUUCAAAGGUGGACUGGGCAUCCCUCUUUGCUUGCUCUUCCUCUCUUUCUCCUGACUACUUUUCUGUCAUCAACUUUUGUAUAUCCUACCGUAGUAAAGACCAUGCCAAGUUACUAAACUGCGGUUCCAGCAAAUCCAACUCAAACUAAGAUAACUGCUAAGAAUGCCCAGCAGCCUUUGCAAAUUUGAGCUCAUUGUAGAAACCUGACUCUCAGUUGAUCCUUUGCCACAGGUCCUUGAACUCAAAUGGAGCCAGUGAAUGCCACCUUGCAAAUUCCAUGCCACAGAGAUCGCUUCCUUGCACCCUACUACAAAACUAGAAAGCUGAAGCUCCAUGUAUGAGCUUGGAGACUUGACCUUGACGUACAGAGGUUAGAAUGACUUUCUGGAGGAAGCUAGGCUACUCUAGUCUCCACACUCCAUGUUUGAGCCUUCAAGCUUGCUUGCCUCCCUCAUCACUCCCCUGGUUUCUCUCUCUCUUUGGUUGCCACUGCUUUUGUUCAGAGAGGGACUGGAAGGUAGAGCUCUCAAGGAGGCAGAAGGGUGAGGCCUAUUAUUAUUCAUUUCAUUUCUAUACCACUUUAUAUUUUUAAGGUGGGGGAAUCCAAAGCAGUUUACAACCUAAACAUUAAAUAAAACAAUCAAAAUAAAGCAUUACUAAAGAAAGGCAAAUAUAAAGUAUACAUUUAAAGGAACAUACAGUAAUUUACAGGAAACUAAAAUAUUGUCUUAAAGAUUUCAAAAUAAAAUAUUACGAAGGAGGUUUGCUACAGAUCUCACAGUUAAUGCAGCAAACUUAACAAAAAAACAAAAAGAAUCUCAAACAUUUCAAAAGAAAACAUUACUAAACGAAGUAUUCUGAUGCACCAAUAUCAGUGACCCCUCUGGUGCUCCAGAUAAGUAAUAUUGUGGUUCAGUGGGGCUGUGGUAGCCUUAUGUCUUAAAACCAAGGUCAGUGAAGGCAUUCGUUUGGCACACUGAAGAUGUGCAAAGUAGUCAGUAUUUGUGGACUGUUGAUUAAUGUUGACAUCAGACCUCUGGGUAUAGGGCGGCAUAUAAAUUAAAUUAAUAACAACAACAACAAUAUUGGAAAAUAUUCUAACAUUUUAUUCCCUUGUAAAUAAAUGACCUUUCAUGUUUUGACCUGAGUGUGACGUGCCUCCUGAUACUUUCUUCAGAGGGUGUUGGGGGCAGAAUAAUGGGUGUUUCAAGAGUGGUAGUUGCUGAAUGGAGACAAGAUGCCCUCUGUCAGUUUCCUUUAAAGAUAGAUAGCAGCCAUUCACCAGUCCUAGGUAGUCCAAGUAAGCAACAUUUGCUGCAGUGGGUGGAUUAUGCAGCAACAUUACUUUUUGGCAGGAACAGUUGUGGUAUAUUUUAAAUAAAGUGUUUAUUUUCUCUGUGAAAAGGGAAACCUGUUCAGUUGCUCAACUUUUGUACGUAGAAGGUCUAAUUUGUUACCUGGCUUUGAUGCAUACUCCUUGGGGAAGACCACUCCUGCUGUGAACCCAAAAGUACCUCCUUGGAAGUAAAUUCUCUUAAAGGCAACAGUGCUUCAGGGUAUAAUUCUAGACACACUUAUUAGAGAAUAAGUACAAUUGAGUUCAUUGGGAUAUGUUGAAUAAAUGUGCCCGAGUUUGUGUUGCAUGUCAGAAUCUGGGCUGCUAGCCCUGGAAAACCCUAGGCUUCCAUCCAUAGUGAUUCCUUGCCUGGGCAGGAUAUUUCUGGGGACGGAUACGUUUAAGACUAUGUACUAGGAUACAGAUGUAUUGGGGCCAUGUAAGCAUCUAAAGAUAGAAACUGUGAGCUCUUCAGGGGAGGGAACUGAGCAAAAUCUGUAGGAGUGAAAAUACAGUGACCUCUCUAAGAAUUUCUGAUGACACUGGGUUCUAUUUCUGACCUUGCCAUCUUACCAAGGGAGAGGGCAGUUAGUCAUGAAGGCUUGUUUCCAUGUUUUACAGUGGCAUGGGAUUGAUUCUCAUUGCCUAGACUUUUAUCCCAGAAAGAGAUAAAUUCAAAGCAGACUGGCCAUGUAUGUUUCAUUCCAAGCCACUUGCCUGAGAGUGGACCUAAUGAAAAUGGGACUUAUUUCCGAGUAGAUGGAUAUAGGAUUGCACUUCAAGAGAGGUUCCCAACAUUGUGUUCUCAUUGUGGAGAAAGUGAUCCAUUGGUACAUAGGAACACUGAAAGCUGCUUUUACUGUGACGUACCAGUGGUCCUUCUAGCUUAAUAUUGUUUGCCCUGACUAACAGUAGCCCUCCGGUGUUUCAGACAGGGGGCAUUCCCAACCCUACCUGGAGAUGCUAGGGAUCGAAGCUGGGACCUUUGGCAUGUAAAACUGAUUUCCCCCCGCUGAGCUGUGGCCCUUCCCCUUGGGUUAGUACAAUGUGAUGGCAGUCCUUUGUCUCCGCUAGGGUGGUUGAAUUCAGUCAGUACCCUGGAAAGGCAUCUCUCUCUCUCUCUCACACACACACACAAAAUCUUCACCUGUUGACAGAAGGUAGGUGCAUGUGUCUCCCAGACUAGAACUAUGGAGAGCAGGAGCCUAUACUUGUCCAUGUCUUCAAAUUUAGUUGUCUCUCCUCUCCCUUAAACUUGAGAUCAUUUUACUUACCCUUUUCUGUACAUUAAGCUCCUUGCCCAUUCAUACUCCAGAUAGGGGGCAUUUGUGGGAACAGCCUGGGUUGUGGAGCAACUUUGAAAAAAGUCCAGGCAUCUAGAAACAAGUAGCUAUCAUCUAAGCAGUUGAUAGAAAAAUUCAGUAAGGUUUAGGGCUUGCAUCUAGGUUUUUCUUUUUUCAUUUGCAGAUACAGUAUAAAAAAAGAAGCAACUCAAUUUGCUGACAUUAAUAGUUAAAAUACUCCAUCCAUCUUGACUUAGACUCAUAAGUUAAUGUAGGCAACCUAUAUGCCCAAAUAUGUAUCAAAAUGAGAUUGAUGAUUAUGAACUGUACACUCAAAUGUAGAAAAGGUGGUGAAAUUUUCAGAGCACUGAGAUGAUUGGUGUUUAUUCUUCCAGCCUUGUGGUGUAAGUCUCUUUGCAACCAUAAGACAGUGUUAGAAAUCAGCCAGGCGCAUUUUGCACAGGUCCAAUUGUGACCACAUGGAGAUCUCUGGAUGCCAGCUUGGCGAAUGACAUCUCCAUCUGGCUGGCCCCUCCAGCUUUCUUCAGCAGGUAAGGAGAAGAGCUUAUUUAUUGCAUUUAUAUCCCACCUUUUCCUCCAAGGAGUACAUGGUUCACCUCCCUCCUCAGUUAAUCCCUACAAAGACCCUGUGAGGUAGGUUCAGAGACUGUGACUGGCCCAAGGUCACCCAGCGAGCUUCAUGACUGAGUGGGAAUUUGAAUCCUGGCCUUCCAGGUCAUAGUCCAACACUCUUAACCACUACACCACCCUGGCUUCCUAGAGUACUUCUGCUAUGGAACAGCUAUAUAAAUUUAGUAGGCAAAUAAAUAAGGGGAAAGCAAAAUGUCACUUACAGAAGGAUCUGAAAUACUUCCCUUGAAGCUUGAUUGUGUUCUAUUUAUUUUUUUAACCUAUAAAUUUUUAUUGAUUUUCAUUAAACAUACAUUCAUUAUACAAAUAAAUCCCACAUAUAUCUUUGAUUCUGCCAAGCUUCAUACUUCCCUUCACCCCUUUGGUAAGUAUCAUAUAUUUUCUUACAUCGUGUAUUCUGUUUGUUUAUCUGCUUUACCCUAUGCUGUUAGAGUUAAUCUAACCUGCCAGUGUCUUUAAGGUUUUACAAUUGUCUCUUAUAUACACCAAAUAUUUACUCCAACUUUCAUAAAACUUCUGUUCAUCCUGGUCUUGUAUUUUUACUGAUAAUCUGGCCAGUUCUGCAUAAUUCAUCGUUUUAACCUGCCAUUCCAUGUAGUAGGUAUUAAAUCUGUUUUCCAAUUCUGCGCCAGCAUAGUUCUUGCUGCCGUCGUGGCAUACAGAAAAAGAUUUUUAUCUUUCUUUUUAAUUUCCUUCCCUGUCAGUCCCAAUAGAAAGGCUUCAGGGUUUUUGGUAAAGUGUACUUAAAAAGUUUUUAAGUUCAUUAUAAAUUAAUUCCCAGAAGCCCUUCACUUCACUUUACCAUAGGUCCACCACAUGUGGUCUCUCUCUGCCACAUUUCCAACAUUUCUUGUUUUUCAUUUUGUACAUCUUUGCCAGUUUUACCGGCGUAAGAUGCCACCUAUAUAUCAUUUUCCAUAUAUUCUCCUUCAAUGCCGUUCAGGCCGUAAAUUUCAGAUUUACAUUCCAUAGUUCAUGCCACGCGAAGCUUUAUUGUGUUUUAAAUCUGGAUUGCUUUAUUUGAUGUUUUAAUGUGAUGUAAACGGCUUUGAGAUUUUUUUCUUUAAAAUAUAAAGUGGUAUAGAAAUGAAAUUAAUAAUAAUUGUAGAAUCAUAGAGCUGGAAGGGACCCAAGGGUCAUCUAGUCCAACCCCCUGCAAUGCAGGAAUCUCAGCUAAAGCAUCCAUGACAGAGGGCCAUCCAACCUCUGCUUAAAAACCUCCAAGGAAGGAGAGUCCACCACCUCCCGUGGGAGACUGUUCCACUGUUGAACAGCUCUUAAUGUCAGAAAGUUUUUCCUGAUAUUUAGUCGGAAUCUCCUUUCUUGUAACUUGAAGCCAUUGUUCAAGUCCUACCCCCCAGAGCAGGAGAAAACAAACCUGCUCCAUAUUCCAUGUGAUAGCCCUUUAGAUAUUUGAAGAUGGCUAUUAUCUCUCCUCUCAGUCUCCUCUUUUUUCAGGCUAAACAUCAUUGGCUCCUUCAAGCGCUCCUUGUAAGGCUUUGUUUCCAGACCCUUGAUCAUCUUUCUUGUCCUCCUCUGCACACAUUCCAGCUUGUCAACAUCCUUCUUAAAUUGUGGCACCCAGAAUUGGACACAGUAUUCCAGGUGUGGUCUGACUAAGGCAGAAUAGAGUGGUACUAUUACUUCCCUUGAUCUGGACACUAUACUUCUGUUGAUGCAACCUAGAAUAGCUUUAGCUGCUGGAUCACAUUAAGCUUGUGGUCUGCCAAUAAACAAUGGAAAAUAAAUAGGAACAAUAAACUCUAUGGGGGGGGGGGAUGACGCCUAGACAGCCUGUUGUGGCAACUGUGACCUAGGUUUACGUUGCCAUUUGAUGAUCAGCUUGUAUGUCUGAGUUUCUAACACUUUAAGGGCUUGUAGGGUCCACUUUCCUUGUCCAUCUGUUGGGUCCUACAUUCCAGGAAUAUGAUUUAAUAUUUAAGAUUUAAGAUAUGAACAUCUGCAAAUAUCAAUGAUUUUUCCAAAGCAAAGUUAAUACAAGCAAUAAUUUCUCGCCAGAAAGAAUCCUUGAUAGGACAUGCCCACAUCUUUUCCUUCCAGUAUGUGUUAUCAGUUGCAGUAUUUCAGAUUUCGGCAGGGCUGGCUCCUAAAAACACUAGUCAUACUCUGAGUAUGGGUCUACUUAGAGUAUGACUUAGUUGGAUAUCUUCCCAUGGUGUUGGUGACUAGGAAUUCCAACAUUUUCUCCCAUGCCUGUUAUGAAAGUCAGUAAAAGUCAGACUUCCAGUUUGUGAGAAGAUGUAUAUCCUUUUAAAAAAAGGUGUCUAGUUUUGUUCCAUUUCUUAGACUUUGCAUUGAGCACAAAAUUUCAUUGAGUUCUGGAAGCUGCCUUACAUACUACAUCAGAUGAACUGAAAAUAUUCAGACAGUUUUUACAAUUGCUCGCUACAAUCAUAAUGGACAGCAGAGACAAUAACUGAAUAGAAUUGUUUCCCCUUAGAUAAAAACAACAACACCUUGAUAUACUGCAACGUUGAUCAUGAUUCUGUGGUGUUGCUUGCCUUCUCUAAUCUUGGGUGAACAAUAUAUGCACAAGAAUUUCCCACGUCCGUCGGUUUACAGUUUAGUGGUUAUCCUGCUUGCUAAAAUGGAACAGAUGAACACAUGUGCAUGCCUACAAAAGAAAACACAGCUGGCAGCAGAGUUAAUUUUAGACUUCGUCUAUAUCCACUGCUUUGUGGAAAGGAAUUCCACCAGUGACAAAUAUCAAUGGAGUCUUUUGACCUUUGACAGUUGAUCAGUUCUUGUAGGGUAGAAACCAUUGUGGAAUUCAGCAUUGAAAAGUCAGUCAUCAUUUAGAAUAAUGAAGAUAUCUCCUUUUACCUUUGUGCUCUGCAUAACAUUGGCAGCUGCUGACCUUCACCCUACUUUUAAAGCUCAAAUUGGUAGUUCUUCAAUUAGCGAAAUUUUUCCAUGAAGUCUCUUUUUACAGAAUCAGUAGCUUAUCAGCUGCUGGACUUGAAGCUUUAUUUUGUUAAAGCCAUUUAUCCCCCAGUUAGCUUGGCAUAUUUCUAUGGAAAUAGAAAUUCCUCCCCUUAUUAGGCCAAAGGCUCUGUAGAAGCAAGGAUGAGACUGUCUCAGGCUUAUUCAAUUGCUCAUUUGUUGGAUACUACUAGUUGUGACAAGGCAGCUUCUGUGCUGGACAUCUGCCCCUUCAGAAGAUGUUGUUUUGUUGGAGGUGUUAAGAGGGUUUGGCUUGUACUCUACUGCUUUUAGCAAUUCAAAUGGGGUGAAAACCAGGGAAAUUUUGAUUUAGUGUAGGGGCAUUUGGGCAUUUCUGUUUACAGUAUUUGUAAAGUAAAAUAUUUAAAUGCGGUCAUCCAAACUGCUUAAACUGAGAGAGUGGGAGUUCUGAAUAGGUAAGAGUCUCUAUUGGGAAAGAUGUAGAUGCCUUUUAGGGUACAUGUGGUCAAAAACUCCUAGAUGUCUCAUAGAAUCAGAGUUGGAAGGGACCCUGAGGACCAUCUAGUCCAACUGCCUGCAAUGCAGGAACAUGCAGCUGUCCCUUAUGGGGAUCAAACCUGCAACCUUGGCAUUGUCAAGGUGCCCUGGAAGCCGGGAGGUCGGAACAAAGUUAAAUUAUUGAGUUUUCCUCUGUAUUUCCUCUUUGCUUACCAUGCUUAGGACCAACUCUGAUUGCCUUCUUAGCUCAAAGUUCAGAGGAGCUGAAUAUUGUUGGUGGCAAGGGCUGCAGAGAAGCAAGGAAGACUUGAUGUCUAAUGUGCUUCCUGUUUCCAUUUUGGAUGUGCCACAAUAUGAAUGCAUAUGCGGUUGGCAGGAUGGAAUGGCUAUAUCUUACUGGUAAUUAGAAAUUAAAAAAAUCUUAAAUUUCCAGAGACUUAUAGCUUUGAUAUUAAUUAAUAACCUGUUCUAUGCUUUUUGGGGGGUAAUUUUAGCAGCAGUAUGACUUGUUUAACUUGAAUUAUUAAAAUAUGAAAACUGUGAAGCAACAGCAGACUUAAAAUGGGAAACACACUGAAUCUGAGAAAUCCUUUGAAUAAAACUUGCCUAAAUAUUAGAUAAGGGAAUAUCCAGAGUUAAGAUGAUCCAAUGUCUGCUCAACAAUUCAAGUGAAAGUAUUUCUACUUGGGCAUAUAUGAAAGGCAACCAUGAUGAGGUAGCUGUUUUGAAAAAAUUAUGAAGAUGGAGAACCACCUUUGUAGCUACUUUAUUUUGAACCAAGGUAUGGUUGCCAUUAAAAUCAACCUGAUCUAUAAGGGAAGGUGUGUGCAUAGAUGCAGGCUUCUGUACUACAUAUGCAGUGUGAAUGCUUAAUCCCAUUAUAAUGAUCAUCUGGGCCUUACUGGAUUUGCUGGAGUAUGCUAAUAGAGAUGCAAAUCUGGGUUGGAGCCUUUAAGUUCUUUAACCUGGGUAUGGGCUAGUACAUACUGAAGCUUGCAUUUAUCGUUAAAAUGGUAAUGGAAUUCAAGCUUGAGCAGAUCAUGAUGAAAAUGAAUGGCUUAUACUGAUACUAGUUUUAUUGGUUUUUACAAACACAGCAUUUUCUCAUUCAAACAGCAAAGGAAAUUUUAAGAUUUGAGAAGCUAAUGAAAUUUGAAGAGCUUUUGGAUCAGAAAAUCAGAUGUGAAAGAAAACUGUCAAUUAUAUGCAUAUCAUAAUUCAUAUAGCUGGUUUUAAUGUAGAGAAAUGCCAGGAGAGCUUGGAGAGCAUGGAAUUAAAAUAAUAAAAUCAUAACGUUGGAAGAGAUUCCAAAGGUCAUCUAGUCCAACCUGUUGCAAUUCAGGAAUCUCAACUAAAGUAUCCCUGACAGAUGGCCAUCCGGCCUCUGCUUAAAAACUUCCAAUGGGGAGACCCAGUGUUUGAAAUUAGCCAGGUGCGUUUUGCAUUUGGCUUUUGACCACUUCUGACCAACUGAAGAUGCCUGUGCACCAGGAUGGCACCUGACAUCUCCACUAUCUGGGGAUCAUUGGAUCUGGACAGUUUUCACACACUAAUACCCCAUCCUGUAGAAUUCUAUCCAUUACAUGUUAUCUGCACAGUUGGAAUGAAUUUCUGGAACCAAGUUGCUUUUUCUGUGCAGUAUAGGCAGGAGCAGUCACCAUUAAGGAAAAGCAGUAGGAAUAGGCCAGUAUAUAUGUGUAGACUGUCCUUGGGUCAAGUGACUUUUCUUUUAAGUUCUCAAAGCUCUUAACCAUCUCAAGGGUGUCAUCUGAACUAGCCAGAUGUUUAGCUGAGAGUCAGCUAAAUCACAGUCAGUCCUUCAUUUGAAAAAUAAGACUUUACAGCCAUGUUGCCCAAAAUGGCAACUAGACAAUCUGUUUUGGUGACUUCAACCUUGGUUCAAGGAGCCAUUUGGUGAGUUUCUAACACUGGAGAGCCUCCUCAGGGUGUCCGUUCCACUGUCGAACAGCUCUUAUCGUCAGAAAGUUCUUUCUUAUGUUUAGUCGGAAUCUCCUUUCUUGUAACUUGAAUCCAUUGGUUCGAGCCGUACCCUCUGGAGCAGCAGAAAAGAAGCUUGCUUCAUUUGAAGGAGGCACAGUUCAAGCUGAUGUAUCCUUGGUAAAAGAUUAAAAUAGGGCCAAUGGGAUACCAGCAUUGGCUUGUUAGAAAUCGAAUUUCAGAACUAGAAUUGGUUUCUCUAAACCGGGGGUGGCCAACUUCCAAGAGACUGCGAUCUACUCAGAGUUAAAGACUGGCAGUGAUCUACCCCCCUUCUGUGGGGUUCAGAUCAAAGUUAUGGAGCUUUUUUGAGGAGGAGAAAGGCCCGUUUCCUUGGGGUUCAUGUCAAAGUUGCUGAGCUUUUUUUAGGGGAGCCAAACUUGUUGGGCUUCUUUGGGGGGAGCCAGUGAUCUACCUGUUGGACGUGCCUGCUCUAAACUAAAGAUCAUGAUGUAACAACAUAAAUAUUUGAAAUCACUCCCCACCCUUAAAACAUAAGUAAUGCCAUUUUAAAAAACAACCCCAAAUCCUUAAAAUGACAGGUAGGUGAGAUCAAUAGAGCAGAAGUGUAAUUUAAGAAUUACACUUAAUUUAUGUUACCUAUUGUGGAAAUGUGGAACUGUUUUUCUUUUCAUUUUUUAAAAAAAUAUGGUUUAAAGUAAAAGAAGUUAUGUGGCAGGACAUUCUUAUUGCAUGAAGUGCUUUUGUGUGUGUCUGUCCUGAAUUUACUGCCUGUCAUUAUCUGACCCAGAGUUUGAGUAAUAUGGGGGGAGGAAAUCUCUCCAUCCACUUUCUCCAAUCAAUGCAUAAUUCUGUAAACCUCUGUCUUAUCUUCACCCCACACUUGGCUCCUUCCACCCCCCCCCCAAAUUCAAACACUUCAGCCUUUCCUUGUAGGGAAGGUGCUCCAAAGCUCUGAUCGCACUGUUCUCUACCGUUUACAGCUUCAUAAUACCCUAGCAGUUCGAAAGCAUGUCAAAGUGCAAGUAGAUAAAUAGGUACCACUCCGGCGGGAAGGUAAACGGUGUUUCCGUGCGCUGCUCUGGUUCGCCAGAAGCGGCUUAGUCAUGCUGGCCACCUGACCCAAAAGCUCCCUCGGCCAAUAAAGCGAGCACCGCAACCCCAGAGUCGGUCACGACUGGACCUAAUGGUCAGGGGUCCUGUAAUGAGUAUGAGUUACUCGUGCGUAAACUGGUGCCUCUCUAGGCUGAUUUGCCUUGUUAAACCUUUCUGACUGCACAGCCCCUUCUGAUCAGGACUGUCUCAGUCACUAGCAGAAUCCGUCAGUGGGCGUUUCUUGAAUCUCUUCCAACAUAAGAGCUGUUUGACACCCAAUCGCCUCCGCCUCUCACUGCGCGGGAGCCUUCUGCGCAGGGUGGGCGUGGGUAGCGGGGAACCUGUCCCCUCCUCACUGAGUUCCAGUGAAGAGUCCGUGAGCCCUCUCUCCGAUUUUCCCAUCUGCUCACUUUUGUUCCUGGUGUUGCGCUUAAAUGCUUCCCCUCCACUGAGUCGCCUCUCCCCUGCUGCUGGGUCCUUCUCCAGCAUCAUCCAGGAGCCUCCCUUCGCCUCUCGCUCUGAUGUCAGUUCCCUGACAUCCACCUCCCCCAGAAUCCCCUCCACCCCUGGGCCGACCUGUGGGACCAACUCGUCCCCUUCGUCGGCCGAGGAGGCGGGAAACCCCGGAAGGAACUGUCACCAUCUUCCGUGGGUUCGAAACCCGCUUCCCAAUCGCUCUUCCACCUACCAACGGGGUGGUCUUCCCCGUCUGAUGCUUCUUCCUCCGAAACCUCUCCUCCCUCCUCGGAGUCAGAAAAUCCCUCAAAACCUCUUCCUCAUCUGUGGUUCCAAAUUGCUCCUCCCAGAAUCUCUCCAGGGGUUUGGGUUUGUCCGGGAACCGGUGGUGGAAUACCUCCACCAGAUACCUGUCCUCGACGGCUUCCGUGGGGACCCACGUGUUUUCGGACCUGGGUUCCCCUUCCCACGCUACCAAAUACUCCACCCGGCGCCCUUGCCACCUUGAGUCCAGUAUUUCCGUGGCCCUGUGGUGGUGUUCCCUUUCUUCUACCUGCGGGUGUGUGGUGACUUCUCCCUCUUGCCCCUGGAAUUCCCGCCCUUCCCUAUGCGGUGAAAGCAGGGACCUAUGGAAAACCGGGUGUAUUUUCAUGCUAUCAGGCAACCUGAGCUUAAAUGCCACGGGAUUAACUUGCUGUGUUACCUCAAAAGGUCCCAGCCGUCUGGGCUGCAACUUCUUGCACCCCUUUGAAAGGUAGCCCUUGGGUGGACAACCACACCCGGUCCCCCACCCGUAUGGUCUCCCCUUCCCUGCGGUGCUUGUCUGCCUGCCUCUUGUAAGUUUCCUUGGCCCGCUCCAAGUUCAUCUUAAGUUGCUGGUGUAGGGCCUCCAUUUCCUCCACAAACUGCUCUGCGGCGGGUACGCUCCAGCUUUCCUCCCCACUCCCGGGAAGGCCCUGGGAUGACACCCAUGGUUGGCCAUGAAUGGGCUCAUUCCCGUGGACACGUGUUCCGCGUUGUUGUACGCGAAUUCAGCCAGCGCUAGUUUUUCUACCCAAUCGUUCUGCCUCUCGCUGACAUAGCAGCGUAGGUAUUGCUGGAGUAUACUGUUCGCUCUUUCUGCUUGCCCGUUGGUCUCUGGGUGUCUCGCCGUCGAGAAACCCACCUCCACCUGCAGUAAGCUCAUGAGUUUCCUCCAGAACCGGGAAGUAAAUUGUUUUCCGCGGUCGGAGAUAACCCUCAAAGGGCGCCAUGCAGCCGGAAUAUGUGCUCCACAAACAACCGGGCUGUUUCCUCUGCCGUUACAGCAUGUGAGCAAGCUAUAAAGUGGCACAUUUUUGUCAGUAGGUCGACCACUACCAUGACUGCUGUCUUUCCCCGGGACUUGGGCAAAUCUGUCAUAAAAUCAAUGGAUACCACCUCCCAGGGUUUCCCGGCGUGGGUAAGGGUUCCAGCAAUCCUGUGGGGGCAGCCCGCUCCCCUUUGCCCUUUGGCAGCGGUCGCACCCCGUACAUAUUCCCGUACAUCCUCCCUCACCCUGGGCCACCAGAACUGCCUGGUCACCAGCAUCAUGGUUUUGUGCUGUCCAAAGUGCCCUGCUGUGGGGUUGUCGUGGAGUUGUUUGAGUACUUUUUCCCUCAGGGUUUCCCCCGGUACGUACAGCGCUCCCCUAUAGUACAGUACCCCUUCCUUCUCCUCAAACCCUUCUUGGGUCCCUCUUCCGUCUCGUAGUUCCCGGAUUUUAGUUUGCGCGAACACGUCGUUUCUGGUCAGCCCGGCUAGUUCUCGUUUCCCCACCAAAGUUCCCCACACACCCAUCGGUCCUCGGGGAUCACGUGUCGUUUCUCCGGCGGCCCCUCUCCUUCCAGGUACUCCGGUUUACGCGAGAGAGCGUCUGCUCUUACGUUUUCUUCUCCGGGCACGUAGCGGAUUUCAAAGAAAAACUUGGAGAACUCCUGUGCCCAUCGAAUCUGUCUCUGGUUGAGUACUCGUGCGGUUCUCCAGUACUCCAAGUUCUUGUGAUCUGUGCAAACCUGGAUCUGUUGUUGCGCCCCUAUCAGUAGAUGACGCCAACGACGAAAGGCCGCGUAGAUUGCCAGCAGUUCGCGGUCAUACACUGUAUAGUUUUGCUCCGACUUGCUCAGUUUUCUGGAGAAAAAGGCACACGGUUUCCAUUCCUGCUUUCCCUUCCCUGGUUGCAAAGGACCGCCCCCACGGCUCUGUCGGACGCGUCGGUCUCUAGCCUCAGGGGUUUCUCCAGAUCUACGUGCAGGAGUUGCUCUUCCGAUGCGAACGCCUUCUUCAGUUUUUCGAAGGAUUGCUGGGCCUCUUCUGUCCACACAAACUUCUUUUUGCUACUGAGACAAUCCGUGAUUGGCGCUGUCAAGUGGGCGAAGUUCUUGAUGAACUUCCUGUAGAAGUUGCUGAACCCUAGGAACCUCUGUACGUCCUUCCGUGUCUUGGGAGCCUUCCACUCCAGCACUGCCUGCACCUUGCUUGGGUCCAUCGCUAAGCCUUUGUCAGACAACUUGUACCCCAGAAACUCGACUUCUCUGGCGUGAAACUGACAUUUUUCCAGCUUGACCCACAACUGGUGCUUCUGCAGUCGUUGUAACACUUCCCUGACGUCUCUAACAUGUUGUUCCUCAUUGUCCGAAUAAAUUAAGACGUCGUCCAAGAAGGCUACGCAGUUCUUGUACAGCAGAGACCCCAACACGUGGUGCAUGAAAGCUUGAAAGCAGGCGGAGCCUGACUGUAAUCCAAAAGGCAUAACUAAGUACUCAAAGGCACCUAGGGGUGUGAACAUUGUGGUCUUCCAUUCGUCCCCCUCCCUCAUCCUGAUCAAAUUGUAUGCGCCCCUGAGGUCCAGCUUGGUAAAAAUUUUGCCUUUCCUCACUCGCGUUAAAAUGUCGUCAAUCCUGGGCAUUGGGAAGGUCACGGGUUCUGACACCAAAUUGACAGCUCUAUAGUCCACUACGAGCCUGGGUUUAUUUGUGUCCUUUUUUCCACAAAGAACACCGGACUGCCCCCUACUGCCUUUGAUUCUCUUAUGAAGCCUCUUUUCAGGUUCUUGUCGAUAAAUUCUCGCAACUCCUUCAUCUCCCUGUCUGACAUGGCGUACAGCUUACCCACUGGCAGCUGAGCCCCCGGAAGCAAGUUGAUCUGGCAGUCAAAGGGCCUAUGGGGUGGCAGUCUAUCUGCCUCCUUUUCGCUGAAGACCUCCCGCAGAUCUGCGUAUUGUGGCGGCACCUCCCUUUCCGCUCCACCGCCAUCCCAGCCACCCUGGCCACGGUCAUUCUUGGGGCUUCCCCUAGACAGUGUUCCAGGCAGUAAGCUGAUCCAAAGGUGACUGUCCUCUGAUGCCACGCCACCACUGGAUCAUGUUGUGCUAGCCAGCUCAUCCCUAAUAUUAUUGGGGGUCCUGCUAGCGAGGCGACGUGAAAGGCGAUGGUUUCCGAGUGCCUGGACACCCUCAUUCUCAUUGGCGGGGUUUGGUGUGUCACUUCCCUCCUAGAAGCUCCCUGCCAUCAAUGGUGGUCACUUGCAAGGGAAAAUCCAAAGGCAGUAAGUGGAGCUGGUGCUCUAAUGCAAAGUCCUUGCUGAAGAAAUUACAUGAGCUGCCUGAAUCCAGCAUGCCUUUCACCUUGACUGGGUGCCCGUUUGGGAGUUCUAGCACCACUUCGAUGGCUAUUGCCGCCUUGGGGGGGUCUGGUUGGGGCACUUUUACUGGUGGCUGGCUUGGCUGUUGUGCCCCUUGAUUGGCAGCCAAGCGUUCUCGUUUCCCUGUUCCUGUUCCUUUACCACCUCCUCCUCACCCCCUGCGGCUCCCACCAUUCCUUGCCAAGCCUUUCUUUGAGGGCAGGCUCUGGCAAAAUGCCCUGGCCGCUGGCAAAGGUAACACCUUUUGGAGGUUUUCCAAUCCUUUCCCUCCUUCUUGCGCCCUUCGCUGGUGCUUGAAACUUCCCGCGCGCGCCCCAUCUAUUUCCAUUGGCUCUGCUGGCGGGGAGGGCUGCCUUGGUAUUUCAGGAAUGCGGUAGUCAUGGCAACGUUGCUCUCUCCCUUCCCGCCUCUCCUGGGCCCGCGCUUCCUGGCGCGCGCCAAUCGCAAGCACAGCCUUGGUCAGCUGAUCCAUCCCCUGUGGGCGGGGUGCGCGGGAAAGUUCAUCCUUAACCGUUGGGGACAACCCCUCCUCGAAUAACAUCUGUAUGGGUUCGGAGCCCAGUUCCCACCCGAGGCGAUGAACUAUCAUGGCAAAGCGCGACCAGUAGUCCCUGACUGACUGGCUCCCCUGUUUACAGUUCAUCAAUUCCCGCUUAGUCACACUUUUUUGAACAUCAGUGGAAAACAUCGCGUCCAUCGCUUGGAAGAAUUUCCUCAGGUCCUGCAUGGCGGAAUUCUGCGUCGCCAUAAGGGGUCUGACCCAUUCUCUGGCCCCGUCCUGCAGGUGACCCACAACAUAUGCCACCCGCGCCGCGUCGUCUUCAAAAUCGUUAUGCUGCAAGUCCAAUGCGUACUCUAUUUCCGUUCUAAACGCACUGUAUUCUUGCGGCUUCCCCCCAAACUUGUGCACCAGUCCCGGUACCUUCCUUGCUAUGGGGGUGGGUCUGACCUGUGCAUCUUGAGACCGCCAUUCGUCCAGCCGUGCCGUCAGAAUGGCCACAUGCUGCUCCAAAUCUCGGUUCCUCUCCUCCAGCGUUUGCCCUCCAGCUGCUCCCCAUUGGGUGCCUGCUUCUCCGGGCUUGCUCAUGAUGCUGCCUGCCUGCUGCUGCGCACGAGCAACUUUCAGGGACUGACGGAUUGCUGUAAUGAGUAUGAGUUACUCGUGCGUAAACUGGUGCCUCUCUAGGCUGAUUUGCCUUGUUAAACCUUUCUGACUGCACAGCCCCUUCUGAUCAGGACUGUCUCAGUCACUAGCAGAAUCCGUCAGUGGGCGUUUCUUGAAUCUCUUCCAACAUAAGAGCUGUUUGACACCCAAUCGCCUCCGCCUCUCACUGCGCGGGAGCCUUCUGCGCAGGGUGGGCGUGGGUAGCGGGGAACCUGUCCCCUCCUCACUGAGUUCCAGUGAAGAGUCCGUGAGCCCUCUCUCCGAUUUUCCCAUCUGCUCACUUUUGUUCCUGGUGUUGCGCUUAAAUGCUUCCCCCUCCACUGAGUCGCCUCUCCCCCUGCUGCUGGGUCCUUCUCCAGCAUCAUCCAGGAGCCUCCCCUUCGCCUCUCGCUCUGAUGUCAGUUCCCUGACAGGUCCCUUUACCUUUAAUACCGUUUUGAGUGACUGGGAUUAUACAUAACAUUGCAGAUAUGGCCAGACUGCAGAUUUGUAUAAAGGAAUUACGAUACUGUUUAUUUUACUGGUGAUGGAGAAGACUAGGAUGAGGAAUUUCUCCCUGGCUGUGCCUGCUUUUUAUCCAGCUUGAAGAAGGAUGUGAAGCAAGACUUUGGAUAACUUGUCCAAAUCGUAACUCCUCACUUUGCUAGUAGAUGACAUGCUGAAACUUCAUAAGGGAAGGCUAUUUUUAAUUUGAGGCUAGGCUAUAGCCUUGAGGCAAAUCAUUAUGUGUAGGUUUAGUGAUUUUUGUUGGUACUUGCAGCUGUGAAAGAGUAGUUUGGGCUGUCCAUUUGUAAAUGGAAAGGCCCAUUGCUGCCUAUUAAAAGUGAUGGGAAUAGAUUGGAAUUUGCAAGGUGCCUCUAUAAUUGGUUUAGGAAUUAAAUGGAUGCAAAUUGAAAUUUGAACUAUAGACAUAAGCUGCUAGACCUGAUUGGAGCUGUACUGCCACCACCUACCGCUGCCAUCACGAGGCCUCACAGGCUGCUGCUGCUUGUGCCACUGCAAGGCCUUGCAGGUGACCACCACUGACAGCUUCUGUUGCUGCUGCGAGGCCUCACAGGCUGCUGUUGCCACCUUGAGGCCUUGAAGGCUGCUGCCGCUACUGCCACCACCUCUCAUCGCCGCCACGAGGCCCCGCAGGUGGCCGCUGCUACUCCACCAGCUCCUGGCACCAGUCUCGUAGGCUGCCACUGCUUGGGUUGGGGGGCAGGGAGUUUCCUCCCACUUGCAGCAGCAUAGUGCCACAGACAGCUAACAAGGGACUCCAAUCAUCACGCACACACGCACUCGUAUACACACGAGAGCUUGAUCACGGGAGCAAGGAAGCAAGUAACUUGGAUGGGAAAGAGUUAAACACACAGAGAGGCACGCACAGAGAGAGCAGCAGCAGCCCACAGAAAACUAGUUCUCAAAGAGUUGCAGCUAUUUGUAGCAAUGGCAGGACACAUCUAAGUGGUUCUUUUCAUCAGCACCUGUGGAGAGGUGAAUGAAUUGGUUCAGUACCAAGGGCUUCAGUGGAAAUCUGUCUUAAAAAAGAGAACUGUUUAAUUGAACAACAUAAAAUAGAAGUUUUACCAUAUCAUUAUAAAAGUUAACAAUUUCAUUCCAUAUAUACUUAUCUAACGUAUUAUUAUUUUCCAAAUACAUAUAUGCUUAUUUUUAACCCACUAUAUUUUGUAUAAAUGCAUUCCAAAUGUCAAGGUCAAUUUAGCAUGGGAAAAGGAGUCAAAUCUAUUUUUAUUAAACAUUAUAUUGCAUAUCUUUCUAACUGAAAGAUUCUAAUUGCUUCCAGAGUCCAUCAAACCAAAUAUGCUAUAUAUGUACAUUUUAAAGUUCCCCUGAACAGAAAAUUAAUACCAAUUGUGGGCUUCCAGUAUUUUAUACUUGACAAUAAGAAAGCAUGGUGAUAUAACUCCAGAUUUGGAAUACCAAAUCCUCCUUCAUUCAUUUUUAGUUGCAUUUGUUGUAAAGAUACCAUGAUCACAUUGAAAAUCUGACUUGAGCUCUGAAGGUCUGCAAUUAAUUUGAAAUAUAUUUUUCAUUCAUAAUUUAACAUAUUGUUCAUGUUGUUUUCAUGAACGCAGCCAAUUACAUGCUGCAACUGAUAAUGCAAGUUGAGUGCGAUAUGCUUAUCUUUUAUUCUAAAAUGGUUAACACUCAAAUGAGAAGAAUUUAGCCACGGGAGAAAAUUAAUUAGUUCUUAUUUAAAAACAUACCGUAUAUACUGUAUAUACUCAAGUAUAAGCCAACUUUUUCAGCACAUUUUUUAUGCUGAACCCCCCCCCCCGGCUUAUACUCGAGUGAGGGUCCCACUUACCCAGGGGUCAGCAAACUUUUCCAACCUUUCCGAGGGGGCUUGGCUGGCAUGAGGGGAGGCGCAGUGCCUUUUUGGGAGACCCCAGGGUCGGCUGCUGCGCAUUCCGGAUCUGGAGUCGGGGGGUGGCAGCAGGUAGGAGGCAGGGACAUGGCGCAGCCGCCUGCGGGAGCCUCUUCCCUCCUCCUCUGUGUUGUAGUUCAGCUCGACAUGUUCAAGCAGCUUCCGCAAAUGAGCCGCACAGUGAAUGUUGCUCUCUGGCACUGCGGAUGAAUGAGACACACGGCGGUCACAGCUGGUUGGAGGAGCCGAGAGGGCGGGCAGGGGGAGAAGAGGCAAGGGCUUUGGCCAGUGAACCGGGCGCUGUGACUACGGAUGGGUAGCCACCCCCUAUCAGGCGGCAAGAGAAAGUCCUGCGACCACCGACCAGGGGGCUGCAUCAGGCAGCCGAAGCCCCUCUUGGGCCUCCAAUAACACGACUGCGCUCUCCUUAAAACACACACUCAAAUAUCCUCUCUCCCGGUUAUGCUCCGUCUGAUCUGUUUCGCGCUGAGUAAACGUUGCCAGGCUAUAUAGUGCUGUUGGAGAAGAGGUUGAGUUGACACAAGAGCAGCUACUUGUGCAUGGAGCCUAUCACCAAUGUACUUGCUCCCAAAAGCGCAGGUGGGGAAGAAAAAACAACAAAGGUGUCUAAUGAGCAGGUAGGAUGCUACAGGCAUAAGAUCAGCAUGAAGAUUCAAACCCAAAAGGGAUUGUAGCCACAGUAAGUCUCUGCUAUAGGUUGCAGUUUUAAGGUUAAGUAGGAUUUGGGGACUCCUGCCAACCCAGCAGUUCGAAAGCAUGUCAAAGUGCAAGUAGAUAAAUAGGUACCACUGCGGUGGGAAGGUAAACAGUGUUUCCGUGCGCUGCUCUGGUUCCCCAGAAGCGGCUUAGUCAUGUUGGCCACAUGACCCGGAAGCUAUAUGCCGGCUCCCUCUGCCAAUAAAGCGAGAUGAGCACCGCAACCCCAGAGUCAGCCAUGACUGGACCUAAUGGUCAGGGGUCCCUUUACCUUUACUAGGAUUUGGGGGGAAAGCAGCAGCUUACUCAUAUGAGUGGCAGAGGUGGGCAUUUUCCACCCUAAGCUUAUACUCGAGUCAAUACGUUUUCCUAGUUUUUUGUGGUAAAAUUAGGUGCCUUGGCUUAUAUUUGGGUUGACUUAUACUUGAGUAUAAUCCUAGGGUCUCCCAAAAAGGUGCCGGCGCUGGCGCACCCCCUCGCACCAGCCAAGCCCCCUUGGAAAAGUUUGCUGACCCCUGGGUAAGUGGGACCCUCACUCGAGUAUAAGCCGAGGGGGACUUUUUUAGCAUAAAAAAUGUGCUGGAAACGUCGGCUUAUACUCAAGUAUACAGUGAUACCUCGGGUUACAUAUACUUCAGGUUACAGACUCCGCUAACCCAGAAAUAGUGCUUCAGGUUAAGAACUUUGCUUCAGGAUGAGAACAGAAAUCGUGCUCCGGCGGUGCGGCAGCAGCUGGAGGCCCCAUUAGCUAAAGUGGUGCUUCAGGUUAAAAACAGUUUCAGGUUAAGUACGGCCCUCCGGAACGAAUUAAGUACUUAACCCGAGGUACCACUGUAUAUGGUAAUUCAUUUGAGCUUCAUUUAUACUUGAUUGUAUGAACAAAGGGAGAAAAAGAAAUAAAGCUGGUAUAUCAACAAGAGUUCUUGACUUUGUGAUUGGGGCUAUGCAUAAACCAUGUGGAGUUCGUGUUGUUGUUAUCAUUUCUCACUUAUAAAGCAGCCAAAGUUUCCAAAGUACUGUAGAGAUAUUAAAAUUAUAAGACAGUUCCUGCUCAUAGUUCACAGCCUGAUAGGCACAAUACAAAAGGAAUUUACCUCUUACAUGCAAGAAGUCGCAAUUGUCCCUGAACAGUACAAUAAGUGUCAAACUGCAUGCCUGUUGUCUUUCUUCACGUGUUGCUUCUUGCUCACAUUCUGUUCUAAUGCCACCACACUAUUCUUUGUCUAUGUGGAAAGAGAAUGUGGUGCUUUCUUGACAUUGAGGAUUGCAGCUCCCAUCAGCCCAUCCAACAUGGCCAGUGGUCAGGGAUUAUGGGAGUUACAGUCCAACAACGUCUGGAGAGCAUCACAUUGACUAUCCCUGCUAGACGUGUCAGGCAAGUCAAAAGGUAGAGCAUUAGCCUUUCCCACGCCCCCCCCUUUUUGGUUGGAAAUACACCUCAUUAUAUCUGUUGACUGAUGGCUGCCAGGGCAAAUAACUUAACGGGGGGGGGGCAUACCGGAUGGGAGAGGGGGGAAAGCUUUAUUGUACAAGUGGAAGUACUUUUGAAGGACUUGUGCUGAUGGGGCUUGUUAGGUCAACCCCCCCCCCCCAAUGUAUUUGAAAGUGCUAUAAAAAUGUUAAGUGUUGUUGUUAACAAGUAUAAAAAGAGUUGGGAUUCUGAGGAAGCAGUAUUACUUUUUUUGCCAGGCAGUGCCUGUGCUUUCAUUGUUUUGAUUUUCUUUUGCAAUGGUGGCACAUAACUUCUAAAUCUUGAUCCCAAACUCCUCCUUUAACCAUAGCCCCGUUCGAGAUAGGAGUACAGUGGUACCUUGGAUUAAGUACUUAAUUCGUUCCAGAGGUCCGUUCUUAACCUGAAACUGUUCUUAAUCUGAAGCACCACUUUAGCUAAUGGGGCCUCCUGCUGCCGCCGCGCCGCCAGAGCACGAUUUCUGUUCUUAUCCUGAAGCAAAGUUCUUAACCUGAAGCACUAUUUCUGGGUUAGCGGAGUCUGUAACCUGAAGCGUAUGUAACCUGAAGCAUAUGUAACCUGAGGUACCACUGUAUCAUAAUUAGAAUAAUUAGCAGUGAUACUAGUUUAUAAUCUACUGUGUGCUUAUGUCCCAGUUGCUUUCUUCUCUUUCUGGCUCAGUGCUUUAAGAUCACCCAGAAAUUAGCUGCCUGGCAACAUAAAAGUGCAGAUAUUAAAAUGAAUUACUUUCCUUCCAAAUGUUUCCAUUACCUUGCUAAAUUUAGACACUAGUACAGCUUUGGAAUUGAGAUCUCCUGGAAUUUUAGCAAGAGUCAAGACAGAUAAUAUCCAGUCUCUGCAAGCACUGGGGAAGAAAGAUAGCUUUUGUGUCUUUCAUCCAAAUUAAACUUGCAUCCAAAUGCCAUAAGCCACGUUUCUGUGUCAUUGACAAAGCUCAUGAUGCAAACUUUCGGUAGCUUUAUUUCAGGAGUGGUUUGGUUGUUAACAAAGUGUGACUGUCUUCUCCUUAAACCAAAAUUUCUAGGAGUUGCCACCAAAAAUGCCUUCCUGGAUUGUAUAUGGCCAAUGAAGAAGUUGGUCUCAGCUGAUUUGGUUAGUUCAUACGGGGGAAGGUACUCUUUGAAGUCCAACUUCCCUUUGCUUCAGUAAUUUUAAAGUCAUGGCCUCCUUUACAACCCCCACCUACGCAGAGCAAGAUUUAACGUCCUUCUAAGUCUAAAAUAUGUGAAUUCUUUAAUAACAACCACUCCUCCAACCAGCAUAGGCAGAAUGCCUCAUAAUCUCAAAUCUGGCAGGGAGAAAUCUCCUUUUUCUUUAGCAUCUAUCAAUACACAUAGGCCACUCCAAGCUGAAGCUUUAGCUUCUGAGCAACAGUUGGCCUUCUGCACAGCUGUACAAAUGCAUGUGUCUACCAUCUACCCCAUAUCUAGUCAAGGGACUCUAUAAUGUGACUCAACAGCAGUCAUACCAUCAAGAGCUUUUUCACCUGCACAUUUCCUAAUGCAAGAGUUGUCAUCAUUUGCCAGCAAUACACUCUUGCCAUUUGCAUUGACUAAAAUGUACUGACUCCAGUCAAGAGGGUUAAGUGGGCACAAAUUAGACAUUAAGAAUUGUAACACUCAGAAAACAAUGGAGGAGUGUCAGUCUCCCUGAAUCAAACUAGAAAGUUGCCAUACUUAAGCAAGAUUUGAAAGGGAGUCUCCAGAAUAGGAGCUGCCAGUUGGCAUUCAUUUGCAGAUUCGGCACUCUCUGGAACUUGAGCUCAGUAGAGCCUGGGAGUGGCUACCUAAUAACUGAAAGUAAUUCUCCUUUAUAUUUUCACAUACACCAUUCAUCUUGUUUCAUCAGUUGUGUGAGGGUCAUGUCCACUCUGAUUUCCCUCUGUUGAACUGAUUUCUUUUUCCUUAGUGCUCCAUUUAGUAAUGUCACAUGUCUAUCUAGGUAAUAGCAUUCUCUCCCCCACUUUUCUAUUUGUUCCUGUGUGGUUUUCCCCCAAACACCCCAACUCUCACACACCCCUGCCAACUAAGAAUAACACUUCAUGCAUCAGCUGGAAGUGGUUUUUCUUUCACAAAAGCUUGUGCUGCAGUAUGUAUGUUAGCCUUUAAAAUGCUACACCGGGCUCUGCUUUAACAAAUUCCAGUUAUUCUUAAGCCAACUUUGAGAAACGUUAUUUGAAGCCUGACACAAUUUCCAAAAUCUAUGUUUAUUUGCUAUUCAUUAUUAAUUUUUAUAGUCCUCCCUGCUUUCAGUCUCCAAUUGAUUUAACUGGAGUCCAGGAGUUUUCUUGUUAAAGUUUCUCUCUGUAUACUUGAAAACUCUAUAAACUUUCCUUUGUUAAGAAUGAAGCUAUUGUUCAAAUGUAAAUAAACUUGGUAAGACACUUGAUUGUUAUCAAACUCUCCACUAUGGAUUUAAAGGAAGCCUUUUCCUGGGGAGGGGAUAGACCGGGACCAUAGCAAAAAGUUGUUUGAACUCUGAAAACAGACAGGACUUGAGAAUGAGUUCUCAUUAUUUUCUUGAAACCAAUGCUUUCAGAACCUAUUAUUUCUACAACAACAAACCACGUGUAUUCCAGAUCCAAAAACACUGAGAGUAUUGUGUGCCUAUCAUUUUGUUCCUAUUGAUAUUAACAAGCUGGCAGAAGCAUUACACCUACCCUGACCUUGACUACAAGCAUAGAGAUAAAUGUGUGGAGAAGCAAAGAAUCUCACUUUUAACUGAUUAUAUUAAAAUACAAUUUAUGUUACAAUAACUUAAAUAUGAGUGGAGGAAAUCACCCAUUAAAUGAGAUGUCUCUCUUCAGUUUAAUGGGGUGGAGGAAGUCAUCACAGUUUUAGAAGUGGAAGACCACAGUUUGUGAAUGUGGAUUAUUGAAGAUUAUUGAGUAAUAACCAGAGUGCAUACGGCUUUAGAAAUGUAGAAUCUCAGUUCCCCAUUGGUAUUGUGGAAGAUUUAGUUUAAAAUACCUAUUUAUGUCUAUUCCAGUUGAGCACACACAACCUGAGUUGCAUGUGUGCACUUCAGGCAGCAAUAUUCCAAUCCUCUCUUUUAAUUUAUAAGAUCUCCAUGACUGGCUUUGUCAGACUACAGGCUUGGUACUGUGAUGGUGGAGUCCUUGGUGUCCACAGUUUCACAGACUGGUGGCUCUAGUAAUGUGUUCACAGAUUUGAGGAACAUUUAGGAAAGCCUUAUUACCGUUAUUGGGGAGGCAGCAGCAGCAACAGCAGAUGAUGAUGAUGAUGCUUAUGAUCCUUGGCCGGGGAGGGCAGGAUACAAAUAAAAAUUUAUUAUUAUUAUUAUUACAGUCAUACCUCAUGUUGCAUCUGCUUCAGGUUCCGUUUUUUCAGGUUGCAGACUGCCGAAACCUGGAAGUACCGGAACGGGUUACUUCCGGGUUUCGGCAGUCGUGCAUGCGCAGAAGCGCCGAAUCACAACCCGUGCGUGUGCAGACGCGGGUUGCAAACGUGCAUCCCGCAUGGAUCACAUUCGCAACCCGAGCGUCCACUGUAUUAAGAUUAAUGAAAUUUGUAUGAUAUCCUUCAUUUGAGGAUCCGAGGGCUGUUCAAAACAGAAAAAUACAAAAUGAGAAUACAAAAUACAUAAGAGGUUUAUACUUACAAAAGGAACAUUGGAAAAAGGCAUCCUGUGAAGAAGCAAGGACAAAAGAUGUGUAUGAUCUACCGAGAGGGAAUGUGACCAAAUAUUUUUUUUUCAGAGAAGGGGCAUUUUGAGAAUAGGUCAUCAUUGAUUGCUGCUAAUUUAAUAAUAAUCUCCCAUACUCCUAGGUGCCUGAACUACUUCAAGAGCUAAUUUAAAACUAAAUGUGGAUUGCCAUUUGAAUGAUUUUGUAAGCUGCUUUUAUAGUUUGCUUUAAAAUCCUAUUAAUACUUCAAAAGUACCGGUAAAUCAUUUUUUGUUUUCUGCUGCACUUCUGAGGGCAUUUACUUAUCCUUUAAUGCAAUAAAGAGAGAGAGAGAGAGAAAAGGUACUUUCAGCCCUGUAAUAUUAGUGGAAUAAAGUGCUAUAAAGUUCUCAUCUGUUUGUAUUUGUAAUAUAGUGUCAAAAACAUUCUGCACAUGACCUCUGAUUUUGUAAGCAAGUACCAUGAAAGCCUCCAGUUUGAGUCCAAGUUGUAAAAGUGUGUAAGAAUUUACAUAAGAGGCAACAGUUUGGGAUUGUAAAGAUGAAAUGCAACAUUGUUCUGCCCAGUCCUCCUGCUCUAGUGUUUGAAACGUUCAGAAUGUUCCUUUUCUGUUGUAAAGACAGAAAUCCUGUUUCACUUUCAGUCACCCAAGUGGGAGGGCAGGCAGCGCAAGAGGCCAUAAUUGUCAUUCAUAGGGAACUAUAGUCAGGGGAACCCCAUUGUGCACAAACUGCCAGGUGCUUGGCAAAGAGAGAGCUUUUAUUUUUUUUAAAGCAUAAUAAAUAUACUUCCUACUGGCCAUUUGUUGUAACUGCAGUCUUUUUUGAAGCAAGCAAACAGUUUAAGGAGUACAAGUUGCUUUUGGCAAGUGCUGCGCUUCCAAUGAAUUUGUUGCUUAAAAAACCGUGAGAGUGACCAGUCUCUGGGGAUUUCACCACGUUUCAGUGAAUGUAAAAAAGAGAAUGGAAGGCUUGGAUUGAAUUAAAAUGCAUGAGCUUCUGUGCAACAUUACAUCGUGAACCAAGAGAUUUUUGAACAGAAAUCUACAUGGGGAAAACUUAAUGUUUCCUACAUGCAACACAUGGGUGCCUCUAGUGGUCCAGAGAGCACUUUUGGAUUCAUCUAGACAGAGUCUGUGCAUGUUUGUGUAGAAGUGACCCACUGAAUUCAGUUGUGCUUUUUUCCUAAUAAUUGUGCAUAAUAUUGCAGCUGUUUGUUUGUUCUGUUGUCGAUAUCCCCUUCAAUCAUAUCCCUAGAUUUACAAAGAAUAAUAAAAUAAUUAAAACUGUAAUUACAAAAAAGCAUAGUACACUAAAAGCCACAAAAUUCUAAAAAUUGUAUAAAAACAACAAAAUUAAGAUUGUAUCAAAGUUGGGGGAAAUAAAAUUUUGCUUGGCACAUUAAGAACAAAAAGGUAGGUGCUAGCCAGACCUCUCUGAGGAGAGAAGUUGGUAGCAAACUGUCUCAUCUCAGAUGAUGGAGGCACCUGCUGGAGACCUUCAUCUCUAUAAAGUUUUCCUCUCUGCUUAGAUGUUUGAUUCAUUAGUGAACUUUCUCUUCUGAAGACAAGAAGUGGGAUUUGUAUGAGACCCAUAUCUUUCACUUCCUCAUCAUUGCCUUUGCACUAUCUGCUGUACACAAACUAAUCUUAUGUGAAAUGAUUUGAGGUGACUUGGUGACUAAAUGUGGUAUAGAAACACAUGAAAUAAUCAUACACUCUGUCUGGGACAACUUCUUCCUCUCUGUUUUUUUCAGACUAAUCUCCUUUUCUUUCUGAUGUGACACUUUCCCCCUCCACCUCCAGUCCUGUUCCCUGCAUAAUAUCAUAGUUUUCAACAUGUUCAUGAAUUCAAGACUGGUUUGUCAUCCCUUGGGCAAUAUUUCAGAGGUCUUCAGAUGUUGCUUGUCUGCAAAUUCACUGCAAGUGCCAACCCCUAGGGAUGCUGACUAGAAGGAAUGUUUUUAAUUUCUGGGCAUUGUAGAUUUGUCCUGGUCUGGUGCAUGUCAUACAUUUUGUUUUGUGGUUGUUUGAUUUGUGCUCAUACUGUAUUGUGAUGGCCAUUGGAUAUAAACAAUAAAAUCUACUGUCUGACUACAAAUUCUCUCCUUCCCAGUCAGCUUAGCUAAUGGUCAGUGAUAAUGGCGGUUGUAGUCCAACAACCUCUGGGGACCCAGGGAUAAUCAUAAAAUCAUAGAACUGUAGCGUUGGAAGGGACCUUGAGGACCAUCUUGUCUAACCCACUGCAAUGCAGGAAUAUGAUAAGAUGAUCGAACCUGUGGCCUUGGGAUUAUCAGCACCACAAGUCUAACCAACUGAGUGAGCUAUCUCCAGUAUUGUGAAUUGUUUGGACCAGGAGAUGGCAAUUAAAUUGUCUCUCUAACACAUCACUUCAUUUUAUUUGUUUUACUUAAAAGCAUUUGUAAACCACUUAAUAUUUUAAAAACCUCUAAGCUGUGCACAAUAUUAAAACAAUAUAAUUAGAACAAAAAUGCAACAUAAAACAAAAAAAUUGUAAUCUAGAAGCAUAUUUUAUAGCAUGCUUGAUGUUGGGAGCUAGUAGGAUGUUCCUAAUUCCUCAGACAUCAUAAUUUCAUUUAUAUUUUCCCUGAGAAUCUAAAAGUGUGUUGUGGAUUCCCUCCUCCCUUUUAACCAGCUCGCUUCUAGAAGAAGGCAGAAGCCAACAGGUGAACUACCUUUCUUUAGGCUAAAGAGAGGCUCUCAUAGUUUCCCUGCUUGAAAAAAUUCCCACAUUCUGCCACUUGUUGGAAAGGAGAAGAUUUCAGGAAAGGACAACAUUCUCUCCCCCCCCCCCCCCAUUCAUAGGGGAUAGCUUCACCAGAGCUUUGAGGGUUCCUACCUCAGCUUCCUGCCUGAGGGAUUUUUUGUUUUUUGUUUGUUUUGCCAUGCCCUCUCAGUCUGCCAUUGCAUGCAUCAUGGGCAGAAUUCUUAACUAAAAAUCAAAAUACUGAUAUAACUUCUACAGUUCUCAGAUGCAACACUAUUCAGCUUUGACUUUAUUUUAAGGCACACUACACUAUAUUAGACAUUAGUGUUCCAUGUUUUAGAGGUAAAAAUGUGACAGCUUUAUAUUGUCAUCAUAGCUAGGCAAGAUAACAGAGAGCACUCCAUUAAAACUGGAACAGUGACUUGACUGAUUACAGCUGAGGCUUCCAUGAAUACUGAAUACUCAAUACUGGAGAAGUGGACCAGUGAUGCCUUACAGCGCUUUAUGUCUUCUUUGGUGAUUAAGACUGAGAAACAGUUUUGUUCACUUUCAGCUCAAAUCUAGGGCAUGGCAUGCCCCCCCCCCCCAUUCCCUAGGAUUCUCACUUCAAUAUGAGAUACACAUUAAUAGUACUGUUAAAAAUUUUAAAAAUCAUGUUUGUAGGGAAAAGGAGAACUUUAACCUCUCUGCACAGUCAUCUCCUUGUACAAGAACACUGCAUUUUCUUCGCCAGGGAAUGUCUUUUUUGGUGAAGUCAGAAAUAACUUCCAGUUUCCUAUUGCUGAUUUAGGAGCCAAGCCACAGGCAAAGUAAGCCUGCAUCUGCCAGAAUGCAAGCUAUCUCUGAUUGUGCUUGAUACUUGCUGAUGUACAACUGGCCUCUCUGAUUUGCAGUGUACCAAGUAACAGACUCCUCAUCUUCCCGUGCAGAAACAGAUUCCUGCAGGGUGCAGUUGCAGGAGGAUUACUUAGGAUUUGCCCAUGUUCGUUUUCAGUGUUGUAUGAUCCUCCUUCCAGUAGAUUCCUGGGGUUCUUUCAGGUCAGAUAUGGCCUAAUUUCCUGUUUGACAAAGGGAGCAUAUAUCAAAGCAGGAGAGUGAGCCAAUGUUCCAGGGUUGGAACCCUGUCCCCUUGGUCAUGUAAUUAGCUGACUCAAUAUUGGUUCGAUAGCAUGCCGGAUGUGAAAGAACAAGAAUCACUUGGACUAAGUUAAACAUAACAUAAAGGUGUUAUGGGUAAAUAAGGAGAAGUAUAUAAAUAAAGAACAAAAAGGCAGGAAUGGUUCUAGCUGUAUGGUCGUCCACAUACCUAAUCAAUUAUGCUGGUUCCUUUAAUUGUUUGUUGCCUUGUCACAUUAGACCUUGAAUAGUUACCUUCCUUGUCCCCAAUUUUGAGACACAUACAUACGUUCUAAAGAAAUACAUAAUUGCUUGAGGAAGAAUCAUUCAAAAAUUGUUGUCAUCAUACAGCAGAAAAGGCAAAGCCAGAGCCCUGAUUGCUUCCACUCAGAACUCUCCUCUGUUUUCCGAGUACCUGCUUUUAUGCACAUAACAUUUUGCAAAAGAUAAUAGAUGUACAAAUUAUGAGCAUUUAGCUAGAGUAUGAAUGGCAGGGGCAAAGUGUUGUUCUUCUAAUGCAGAGGUGGGAAACCUUUCUGAGUUGAACCAUUUCCCUCUUGGGCAGUCCUCUGGGGAUUUCAUGCCAGUAUUGAAUGGGUCAAAGGCAAAUCUGGGCUGAGCCACAAAUGUGCAUUAUCAAUUUGUAUUGAGCCGUGAGCUAUGCACUCCAGCCACAUACACAAAAGUCACAGCGCUUUCUAUAACAUACCAAGCAAAAGGUGUUAUUACAGUUGUAGGGUGCAUUCAAGCCUCACCCAAGGAGGGCAUGGAGUAGGGCUGGUGUUAAGGGACAUAAUCUGGCAGGGAGGGGGCAUGGAUUGCCCUUGAGCCUGAGAUUGCUCCUGUUCCUAAUACCUUUCUCUAGCAUUUGGCAUCUGACAAUUAGACAAUUUCAAAUGGCUAGCAAGAAGAGCCAAUCUUUUUUUUUUUUUUAUCUUCCUGCAUUGAUACUUGUUUCAUAAUUACUUGGAGAAUUCCAGUAGGAAGAACCAGCUUAGAAGGAAAAAAAAUGCACAGUGUGUUGGGUGACAACAGGAUGUCGUGAUCACUGCAAUCUGGCAGCAGUCAGCUCUGUCAUGAUCACAGCAUCUGGUGGUUUCUGAUUUGUUGACACAGAUCCCUGUUCCUAUAUGGUACUUUCAUGCUCUCUGUCUCCUCCUUUGGCUUCAGCGUGUUCUAUUUUUAAACCCUUCUGUGUGUUCUGUAUUGCGGCAUUUCUCGUCCUGAAUUAUUUAUCAUUGUUUGGAAUUGAAUGGAGUGGCAUGGUUCUUCUCCCCCCCCCUUCCCCUCCCCUCCCUUUUGCACAUUAGGACCCACGUGUCUGUCUUGAGUUCUUUGACAGAUUUGGUUCAUGUCAAAUUCUGCCGGCUCCAGCUUGGGAAAGGAUAAGAAGAGGAUGGCCGUAGCCUGUGAUAAUGCAAGAUCAUUAAAAUAUACAGUUAAUCUUUUUACUGCCUAGGCAAAAAGGAUAGAUUGCUGCCACAGUCCUGUGUUCCCUGCUGUGGCUUUGUUGAGGACAGAUAUUGUUUAGUGUGGUCAAAUUGCUGACCAGUUGCUCUUGGCUUUGCAUGCUGCAUAAGGCAUGGAGUACAGAAGCAGUGGGAGGACAAGAAUAUUAUUGGAUUGUGAAUCAGAAUAUAAUAGGUAGAGGCCCUCGUUAAAUGUGUGGAGCUUCUGAGUGCUUGGAUGUGUGUGUUAGUUUUGUUUGUUUAGAGCAGAGAAAAGCAAGAAUCUCCAAAAUGUACUUAACGUUUUGCAGCAUGUGGAGCACUUCCUUUAUCUGCUAAGUAACCCCUCAUAUCAUACAACUCUUGGGUGUUGCAGGUGAUUGUGGGGUAUGCCCCAACAAAAGAUCUACAUUUACCUCGGGGGGGGGGGGUGGCUUUGGCAGGCCUUCCUAUCUGGCCUCAAUAUUGCUCAAUACAAAUAGAUAAUGCACCUUUAUAUCUGUAUGUUGCAGAAUCAGAUCUGUAGUGGUGAACUUUAUUUUUCUUCCAAGAAAGUUGGACAGUAAUUACUGAUCUCCAUGAAGCUCUUGGCGCAAACCCCGAUCCCCACCGGCUGCUUAAGCAAAGCCUAGUACAUAUAGCUGCACUGAUUGCAUAGAUUUUUUCCAUAUAUUCCUGCUUCCUUUUCCCAUGUCUGCCCCUGUGUCUCCCUUGUAUUGCUUUUUGCUUGAUUGUGAACCCAGCAGGGCAUGGACUUGUUCUUUCUUUUUUAUGAUGUGUCAUGUACAUGGGUGAAUGUACAGUAUGUGUGAAUAAGUAAAACUUGUCUCAAUGGGGACUUUGUUGUAAUGCUCAUGAAAUGAAGUACAUUACUAACAAGCAUUAAUCCUAUCAUGCAAUAGCAAGCUGUCACUCGGCUUUGGAACACAUUUUUAAAAGAAAAGCCUGACUAGCUUUUCAGAUACCUUUUAACUGAAUAACUUUCUAAAGAAAUGUCUGAAGUAACUGAUAUAGUUCAAGUCUUGUUUAUUCUGUUAUAUUUUACUCCCAAGAAGACCCAUUUAUCCUAAAUAAAACUCAGUAAGGCAGACAUGUAUGUACAAAAUAUUUUUUAAAAACUGAUCCCAUUCAGAUCACAAGAUGAAAUUUUGCAGGUAGCUCUUAGAAAUAUUAAAUAAUCAAUACAUUUUUUGGAAAUUUUAAAUCAUAUUAAUUUUUAAAACCACUUUUUAAAAAUUUAAAUUUUGUAACUUUAAAAUUUAAAGUAAGUCCGUCAUGUGACAUACCAUAUUAAAGCCCAUGAAAUUCUGAAGAGAUUGACAUUUUUAGUUUUGAAAUAACUCAAUUCUGGGCUGAGCUUUUAUGGUUUUUGUGUUGUCUGGCAAGGCCAAAAUUCUCAUUUUUAUUUGAAAUUUCAAACCCUCGUAACUCAAAAACGGGAUGAGAUAAAAAAAUAAAAUUUUAAAUUUAGUUUUGAUCAUUCAACAAGUGUGCAAAAUAUUAAGAAAAUUGGAUGACACGAGGUAAAAAAAUUGGAUCACUUGAUAUGGAAUGACCCUGAUCUAAGCAUAUAUGCGUCUUUGACUUACACUGUAGCCUGUAGCCAGCCAUCUGCUUGCAUGUACUUCACAUUCCCACUUUCUUGUAGCACACUUGUGUCUGGAUUGUGUCAACCCUGCUGUUUGUUGUACAUCAGAGCACACCAGGAGACUGUACUUUACUCCACCCACUCAGGCAUAGGAAUCCCUGAUUUUCAUUGUGAAAUUGAGGGUACACCAUGGGGAUUGGCAUUGCUGUGUUUUGUCUUGUAGGUUGUGUGUUCGGUUGGAGAGACUGGAUUCAAAUUCCAAGUCAUGAAAUUCACUAAGUGAUCUAUGGCCACUACCUCUCAAUUUAACUUGUGUCACAAGUCUGUUAAAGAAGAUAAAAUGGAAAGACAAGAUCUAGUCAGAUUCUGUGCAUGCAGAAUUCCCGACAGAAAUUUGAAUGUGGUGCAGAAGACUCUUAACAUCUAUGAAGAAUAAAUCAUAAGUAUUAUGGAUUCCAAAGCUGCUCUAAUCUCAUUUCAUUUCAUUGGUAUAUAUGUUUUGGGGGAAUUACUUCUGUAGCCUACAGGUGAAACUCAAAAAUUAGAAUAUUGUGGAAAAGUUCGUUUAUUUCAGUAAUUCAACUUAAAAGGUGAAACUAAUAUAUGAGAUAGACUCAUGACAUGCAAAGCGAGAUAUGUCAAGCCUUUAUUUGUUAUAAUUGUGAUGUUUAUGGCGUACAGCUGAUGAAAACACCAGCUGAUGACAUGGCUCCCCAAAUCUCUUUUCUGAUGAGAGCAGCUUUUGCAUCUCAUUUGGAAACCAAGGACCCAGAGUAUGGAGGAAGACUUGGGGGGGGGGGGGGGGCACAAUGCCAGAUGCUUGAAGUCCAAUGUGAAGUUUCCACAGUCUGUGUUGAUUUGGGGAGCCAUGUCAUCAGCUGGUGUUGGUCCACUGUGCUUCAUUAAGUCCAGGGUCAACGCAGCCGUCUACCAGGAGAUUUUGGAGCACUUCAUGCUUCCUUCCGCAGAUGAGCUUUAUGGGGAUGCUGAUUUCAUUUUCUAGCAGGACUUUGUCACCUGCCCACACUGCCAAAAGUACCAAAACCUGGUUCAGUGCCCAUGGGAUUACUGUGCUUGAUUGGCCAGCAAACCCGCCAGACCUGAACCCCAUAGAGAAUCUAUGGGGCAUUGCCAAGAGAAAGAUGAGAGACAUGAGACCAAGCAAUGCAGAAGAGCUGAAUGCUGCUAUUGAAGCUUCCUGGUCUUCCAUAACACCUCAGCAGUGCCAAAGGCUGAUAGCAUCCAGGCCACGCCGCAUUGAGGCAGUAAUUGAUGCAGAAGGGGCCCAAACCAAGUACUGAGUACAUGUGCAUGCUUCUACUUCUCAGGGGUCCAAUAUUGCUCUAUUUGCAGUCCUUGUUUUGCUGAUUUCAUUUAAUAUUCUAGUUUUCUGAGAUUGUUAAUUUGGGGUUUUCACCAGCUGUACGCCAUAAACAUCACAAUUAUAACAAAUAAAGGCUUGACAUAUCUCACUUUGCAUGUCAUGAGUCUAUCUCAUAUAUUAGUUUCACCUUUUAAGUUGAAUUACUGAAAUAAAUGAACUUUUCCACAAUAUUCUAAUUUUCCAAGUUUCACCUGUAUAUAGGUCAUGUGUGUGAGUACUCAAGCAAUUUGUGUGGCAAAAUUUAUUUUCAUCCCAAAUGUCUUAAAACUAGGGGUAAUGAAACAUCUUGUUUAGAAUCUGCCUAGAGAAACUGACAAUAAUAUCGAGUUUUGUAACGUUGUUGUUGUUUAGUCGUUUAGUCGUGUCCGACUCUUCGUGACCCCAUGGACCAGAGCACGCCUGGCACUCCUGUCUUACACCGCCUCCCGCAGUUUGGUCAAACUCAUGUUUGUAGCUUCGAGAACACUGUCCAACCAUCUCAUCCUCUGUCGUCCCCUUCUCCUUGUGCCCUCCAUCUUUCCCAACACCAGGGUCUUUUCCAGGGAGUCUUCUCUUCUCAUGAGUUGGCCAAAGUAUUGGAGCCUCAGUUUCAGGAUCUGUCCUUCCAGUGAGCACUCAGGGCUAAUUUCCUUAAGAAUGGAUACGUUUGAUCUUCUUGCAGUCCAUGGGACUCUCAAGAGUCUCCUCCAGCACCAUAAUUCAAAAGCAUCAAUUCUUCAUCAUUGAUUGAUUGAUGCUUUUGUAACAUUAAUCCAUGAUUAUUUGAAAGUGAAAGGAAAAGCAGCAGAAGUCCUUCUCAUGGCUGUUUGGGGACAGAGAGAAUGCCAGUCCAAGGUUUCUCUUAGGCUUGUUCUAGCUCAUGCAUGUAGUUUGGCAUUAUGUGUGAGUCAGCUUCCCUGCAUCUACCAAUGUGCUCCAGUACUAAUUCCCUUGUGGACAUCAAUUAAAAUCUGAUUCCUUUGCACUGAAUUUGCAGAAUUUACUUUUGGGGCUUCUUGGUUCAUGGACUUAGUGUGCUGCAAAGGUCUCUGCUUUAGGUAGACAGUGACUUGUAAUAGCUAGGACAGUACCUUCCCAAAUCUUUCAGAAUGGAGAGUUUGAUUGCGUUCCCUCUUCUAGCACUAUGAAUUAUUCCAGGGCCAGGGCCAGGCAGCAAACGUAACAAAAGCAGGCUGUCCCCUCCUGUGACUGGAACAAAGUCUCAUUGGCACAGAACAGGUGCAUUACUUCCAGCACACUGGAUCGCUCUUUGUUACUGCUGUGCAUCAGAAAGUCUUGAGGGGAGGGAAGAGAGUAGGAGAGCUCUUAGUAAACAGAGCAACAUGAUGGGCAGCAUACAACUUUGAAUCUCCAAAAUGCAGUGUCUGCCAUCAAUGCUUAGUCCUGAGCAGCAGACCAGCACAAUGCCUUCCAGUGCUUUUUCUGUUAUGAUGCCUCUGUAAUUCAUCCUCCGCUAGAUAUCUCAAAUCUAGGGCAGAAGCAGUUUCUUGUCAGUUCUUAACUAGCAAAAUGCUAAUUUUUUUGCUUGUGACCUAAUUUCAGAAAUCUGGUUUCAAACAUUUGCCGAGGCCAGCUGUAACUCCCCUGAGCUGACUCCAAAUGUUAUUCCCAGCCUGCUCUAUAAACGCUGUCCCAAGGUUCUGGUGGGCCAUUUUUAAGUGCUGCAGAAGUAACAAGUGGCGUGGGGUGCAUGUGGUUGGCAUGCAGUGCUCUCUGGGGCACAAGUGAUCCUCACAUUGGGGGGAUCUGAGGGCAAAACCAGUCUCUAGUGCAGCGGUUCUCAACCUGUGGGUCCCCAGAUGUUGUUGGACUACAACUCCCAUCAUCCCUGAGCUCUGGCCUUGCUAGAGCUUGUCCCAUUGGUUUCACUGAUGGUAAUUUUUUAAGCCUCCACAUAAGGGCCAUCUGAAAUGAAGUAUUAGGUAAAGCUUGAAUAUUGAGCCCUAUGAAGUUUGACCAGAGAUGGAAUAAAAAGAGUUUGAAGGUACCUUGAUUAUCAUUCAGUUCAACCUCUGCUCAGUGCAGGAUGAAACCACAGCAUCUUUGCCAUGUGGGUGUAGAGCCUUUUCUUAAAAACCUCAAGGAAAGAAGAGCCUACUCUUUCUUGAGGCAGACUGUUCCAUUGCAGAAGAGUUCUUACUGUUAGAAAUUUCUUACAAUGUCAGCUGAAAACUCUUUCCCCCUGGGUGCGCACCAUGUGCGCCACUCCAGGUGCUGGAGCAGCUAGCUCCGCCUCUGUCCAUUGGUUCCAGUCCUGCCCUCUGCAAAGGAGUAAGCCUUGUCUGUCUUCUGCAAGACAACCUUUCAGAUAUUUUGAAUACAGCCAUCCUGCCCACAACUCCUAAUCCCUUUGUCUUUAGGCUAAACAUACUCAACUCUUUCAACUGUUCCUCAUUGGACUUUAUUUCAAGACCCUCCUCAAUUGCCCUUCUCUGGACACUCUUCAGUUGAUCAGUGCACAAAUUGUUUGUCUAAAAACUGUAGAGAUCAUUUCUAGUCUAUGGGUAACAGGUAGAAGUUUUCUGGUAUUUUCUCUGUAUGAUACAAGCUGGAAGCUGGUGAAAGCUGGAACAUUCUAGCUGACAAGUAAGUUUCUAUUCUGCUGGGAAAACCAAGCAGAAGGUUCUUGAUGUUUGGGUUAUUCCUUCAGAAAAACUGGGCGCAGCUGGAUUAAGCAAUUAUGAGCUGACCCUGUUAUUGUUCUCUCAAGGCCACUGAGUGAAGAGGAUAUAUUUGUCAUUCACUGGGGCUCUUCAUUCUCUCUUCCUCUAGCUAUGUUCUCUCUACUCCGUACCUGCUUUGUUUUUUCUCUUAGUUAAGUGGUGAUUUGUACAUAGUAUGUUUAAUGCUAAGUUUAAGAUUUUACUAUUAAGUUAAGUUUUGCAGCAUCUGGAUUCUUAAGAGACUGUGCUUUCUAGGGAUCUGGAUUUUUUGAAACAGUUAAGCUUCAGUAAACUCUGCUGACUGAAUGCUGCAUCUGUGUCAUUUUUGGAACCACUCAUGGUGUUUUAAGCAUUUUUAUUCUGCUAUCAGUUCAUUGAAGCUUGCAGGUCAUGGGCCCAGAAGGCUGUUUGCUGCCUUGUUUAGGCUGGGCUUUGAGAUUUGCAACUGCAUGAGCUAAAAAGUACCGUAAUACAGUUUUGUUAGAGUUUUUGGGAGAAAGCCUUUUCUUUGCAAAAUCUUUUUGAUUGAAGCAUCUGAUUUGUGAGUCAUUUAAAACCCUGAGAGAGAGAAAAACGAAAAUAAAUGUCCUGUGUUAAUUUAAUCCUUUCCCCUCUAUUAAUUGGAAUUGUCCAUAACAAAAGUAAAAAAGUACUGUUAGAAUCAUAGAAUUGUAGAGUUGGAAGGGACCCCAAGGGUCUUCAAAUCCAACCUGCUGCAAUGCAGGAAUCUCAGCUGAAGCAUCCAUGACAGAUGGCCAUCCAACCUAUGCUUAAAAACUUCCAAGGAAGGAGUGUCCACAACUCCUGAGGGAGACUGUCUCACUGUCAAAACAGCUCUUACUGUCAGAAAGUUUUUCCUGAUGUUUACUCAAAAUCUCCUUUGUUAUAUAACUUGAAGCCAUUGGUUCGAGUCCUACGCUCCAGAGCAGGAGAAAGCAAGCUUGUUCCUUCUUCCAUGUGACAGCCUAUGUGAUAUUUGAAGAUGGCUCUCCUAUCUCCUCUCAGUUUCCUCUUUUCCAGGCUAAUCAUAGCCUGCUCCUUCAAGUGAUGCUCAUAAAGCUUGGUUUCCAGACCCUUGAUCAGGGGUCCUCAAACUUUUUAAAUGGGGCCAGUUCACUGUCCCUCAGACACUGUUGGGGCCGGACUAUAGUUUGGAAAAAAAUAUCAACAAAUUCCUAUGCACACUGCACAUACUUUAUUUGUAGCGCACAAAAAGAUCCCUAUCUGAAACUGCUGCCAGUCAGUGUAGGCAAAACUGAGCUAGGUAGAAAAAUGGUUGGAAACUUGCUUAGGGCAAAAGGGUAGGAGGCUGAGGACAUCUGGAAAUUGCUGCCGCUGGAUCUAGCCACUUAGCCUGGAGCACUCGAAGUGGGGACAUGCACGAUCUGUUCUCUCCUCCUAUUUCCCGAUUCCCAAAGGACGGGAAGUGAGAAGGAGAGUGGGCUGGGCUCGCCUUUGUCUCCCUCCUUCCCACGGAACAAGCCAGCGGAGGGAGGGAGGCUGGAUUGCGCCCGGGCUGAGUCCACCUUUGCUGUUGCUGUCAGGGCCAUCUUUACCCGGGGGUUUCUAUGAUACUCAAUACUUGUUUGCGGGGAGCCCGAAAUGAGAGGCCGCGUGGGAGCCACAGCUGGGAGCCCAGUCGGCCAGGAGGCCGAAGAGGAGGCGCCACAGGUACAUUGCACCUCUCCGCAAAAGGGAGUGAGCGAGUUCACCCCACGGGCUCCUCCGCUGCUGCUGCUGUUGUUGCUGCUACCUCAGGAAGAAAAGGCACAGGGAAAGGGGGUGGGGAAAUGGCAGCUCCGCCCUGACUGGCUCCAAGGGGACAGAGAUCCAGCCAGGGACCCCUCACUCGCCGCCAGAGGCCGGGAAAAGGAGCUGAGUUUCCCCUGGAGGAAGCAUGGGAGGGGGCUUGGAAGUGGCGCUGAAGAGCGAGCGGGAUUGUGGGCUGAAGGGGAGAGGGAGAGAGAGUUAAAGCUUGAGGGGGAAGAAGAAAGGCGACCCACCCCUGCGGUCACCUGGGAUCCCCUGCUCUCGCUUUUCCCAAACGCUCCCAACCCGGAAAAGUGAAAGCAGCCAAAGGGGAGGUGGCGCAAAAGAAUUUGACUCAACAGAAAUCUGGGAAAAGAAAAUGUUUUUGAAAAUCAUAAUAAUAAAGGCCGCCGCUUAUGUUGCUGCUGCUGCCAGGUCGAACCCCUGGGAGGAUUGGGGCCCGGAACAGAAGGAAGAGGAGCAGCGCCCGCCGCAUUCCCUGAGCCAAGGCAGGCUGGGGAGCAAUGGUGGCCAGCGCCAGACACUGCUCUGUGGGGUUUUCGCCGUGGCGCCGCCUCCUCCGAGGAGACUCACAAGUGGCGGAGGCAGCUGCCAAGGUAGGGGCACUGCCAUACAGCCGGAUCAGAUGAACGCCCGCCUCGUUUGUUCAUGAACAACCCCUCGGAGGUUACCCUGGUUGCAAGCACGUUUCAGAGUUUGCAAUGGGGAAAUGGGGCAGCGGUGAUCCUGCGCCUCCUUCCAUCGGGAAUAAGGCGGCGGCGCUGGCUCUGCCUGGGCGGGUCGGGUUCAGGACCCUGGUGGGCCGGAUGUGGCCGGUGGACCGUAGUUUGAGAACCCCUGCCCUUGAUCAUUUUGGUUGCCCUCCUCUGCACACACUCCAGCUUGUCAACAUCCUUCUUAAAUUGUAGUGCUCAGAAUUGGACACAGUAUUCCAUGUGUGGCUUGACCAAGGCAGAAUAGAGUGUGCUAUUACUUCCCUUGAUCUGGACACUAUAUUUCUGUUGAUGCAGCCUACAAUAGCAUUAGCUUUUUUUGCUGCUGCACCCCAUUGGUAAUGAACAUUUCUACAGUGUGUAUUAGGAGCAAUUGAACUGAAUUCUUUUUGUAAUUUGCCCUUCACAUGUUGGUGUUUUUUGUUUUGUACACUUGAAAUAAAAUUCAUUUUUCUGAAAAAGUAAAUGGGGCUGCAAAGUGGCAAUAAAAACUAGCAAUGGCAUAUCUGGAACACAUAAUUUUUACAUGUAAGUGUUGGAGCAAAAGGGUGACUUUCUUCUAGUUGUGUGGGGACUUAACUUACAACAGUGUGAUUCUUUUCCUUCCCACCACACCAAGUUAGAAUGAAGCUCAUGGCCUCCAUUAAUCAAAUUUAAAAUUUUAGCGGAAUGGUUUGAAGUUGCCAACUUGGAUACAAGGCAAUGGGUCCAGUUGUUUUGAGGAGCUCUGUAUAUGUGCAUGGAUAUAUUUCGCAUUCAUAUCAAUCCGAUGCUUCCAGAGACAGUAGUGGUUUUUGCAAAUUGAUAGGCAGAAUCUAUUGUGGUCUGUUACUUCCAACUUUCCUCUAGUUCUUUCAGAACGUUCUAGGCAUCAUGGUUAUGGAGGUUAUCCAAGAACUUACUGAGAAUACAUGCAAAAAUUUCCAUUGUUUGUGUCUGUUUUUCUUGUAUGUUUCAUAUGCCUGCCUGUCAAUCACCCAUACCCCAAUUGCCAAACAACAAUCCUAAAAAGAAGCUUCUUCAAAACUUAUUGAUUUGUCAAUAAAAAUUUUAAAUUUAGCAUAUUUAUAGUAAAUAAAAUAUGUUGGAUAUCCCAUAUGUAGCAACUUAUGUGGCAAUUUAUAUUGUAUAAAUAUUCUCUAUUUUCAGUCUUCAUUUUCAAAUUAAUACCUUAAGUUUUGAGGAAAUUGGUUUUUAGGAUUAGAGACAACUGGUUACAAGCUUUCCAAGACUUUCCAAAACUGCCAUUGCUCCUCCCCAUCUCCCUCAUCCGCACUUUCUUUAUCAGCUCCCAGUUUGAACUUCUUGAAACAGUUUGAGGGCAGAAAAGAAGUGUCCUUGUUAUGUACUGAAGUUCUCACCCUGGGCCAGCAGGGGGAUACUGUAGAUAGUUAUGCAAAUGAAGGAUCGAAAAGUGACGUUCAGUGAUUGGAUAGUUUGUUAUGCAAAUGAAGGAUCGAAAAGUGACAUUCAGUGAUUGGAUAGUUUUAGAAAAUGGCAACAGUUACAUUGUUCUGGAGCUCUAUAUAAGCAGGCUGACUGAGCCCCUCAGUUAGUUCUGUUCUGACAUCUGAAUAAAGAAGAGCUGUUUGAAGAAUCGCUGUGUCGUCUGCUAUGUUCGCCCACAACUUAACAGUCCUGUUUCAACUCCUAGGACCAAACUUUGAGAGGGUGAUCUGGAGUUCUUUGUGAUACCGAGGGAGCACACUCCUGUCUUGUUUAGGUUAGCAAAAAAGGUUGUCUUGCUUUCGGCUGACUGAUCCUGAUUUACGUGUGAAGUUAUAAUGCACAACAGAUGGGAAGGGAAAUGUAGAGCUGCAGAGAGAAAGCAUUUCCUUUGCUGAUGUAUUUUUCUUCUACCUUUCCUUGUGAACUGCCCUAAGACGCUUAGAGAAGCUGUUGUGGCUGCUCCCCUCCCAAUUCCUUUUGGUGAGGAAGAGUGGGUGGUGGAAGGUGCUGGUGGAGAUAGAGAGGAUCAUAGCUCAGAGAUGGAGUUCCAAGCUGGUAUGUGCAGUUCAAAUGAGUUUCAAGUAGCAUGACUGGAGAGGGGAAUGGUUACUCUGCCUGAGACUUUAGAGAGCUGCUGCUUGUCAGAGAGUAGACAGUACAAAUGGUAUGAUUUUGGCAUUUUCAUAUCCGCUUGUCGCUUGGAGUGUUUCCAGGGCAAGUGAGGUCUCCAGUUGACCUGAUGGGAUGGGAGCAGGCCAGAAUGGAGAGAAUAGGUGGGUGUUUCAUUCAGGUCAAUCAGUGUCUAUGGCCCUGCCCUGCAAGUGUUUGCUUAUCUAAACGUUUCCCAUUGCUGUGACUCUUUUUUCCCUUUGAAAAACAGAGGCCUUUCUCUGCUACUGCAAGUCUAAAGCACAAAUGCAUCAGCAUCUCUUCUGUGUCUCUGACCUAGUUUCCUUUGUAUGUACCUGCUAUGCUUAAAUAAGUGGCACUGAGGUGUGAAAGACAAAGAACAGGCUGUUGGUAUGUGAGGUGUGGCCCAAUCCUGCAUUGUCAUUUGGGCUUGUCAGGAGAGCUGACUUGCAGUUCUUCCACCCUGGAGUCACUGUCUCUAAAAGAUUUACCAUUAAAGAAAUCCUUAUGAGCACAAAUGUGUUCUAAAAUAAAAUCAAGUUUCCCAGACACUGCAGGUUGAAAACGCAAGGUGUCUGCCAACCUAUAUAUAACUGUUUAUGUGUUAUGAGAAAGAGAGAGAGAGAGUGUUCUGGAUUUUUUUAUAAUUUUUUUUUGCUGAAAGGUGCAGUAUAGAUUUGGCACUCCCUAUGACCUUGUUUCCUACUGAGGAGCAAUUUUGGAACAUGAGCUUUCUUGAUGGUACAGGGUCUAAGAACUGGGACUGAAUUGGCUGCAUCUGUUGUAUGAAUACAAUAAGUUGUAUUCAUUCAACUUGUUUUUAUUAUUGCUUGUUAGCCUCCCUGAGCCUGGCUUUGGCUGGGGAGGGCGGGGUAUAAAUAAAAAAAUAUUAUUAUUAUUGUUAUCUGACAGUCUUCAUGUUAUAUCUGCAGGCUUCUAUUUCUUGUAUGAAGAAAAUUCACGCAAGUUCGUGCACAUAAUAUUCCAUCAUAUUUAUCUCAUUACCUGAACUGAACAAAUCCCAGGCACCUAAAAAUUUAAAGCUAAGAUCUAGUAAUUUGGAAUAUAACCACACUCUGGGUUGUUCUUAGACAUAUAUUGUCACAUAUAACAUUUAGGAUUUUAAUGUCAAUUCAGGUUUGUGGUUUCUACUGCUUUGGUGAAUUCUGUAGCCAUGGAGUGACCCGUCUGUAUGUGUGUGGAGAGACUACUUCCACUGGAAGGUAAUGCUGAUUGCUGGUUCAAGACCAGGGAGUAGGUUCAACUUUAUAGAUUGGUGAUGGAGUGGCUGCUGAGACCAUAUAACACCGGUCCUGAAAGACCUACAUUGGCUCCCAGUACAUUUCCGAGCACAAUUCAAAGUGUUGGUGCUGACUUUUAAAGCCCUAAAUGGCCUCUGCCCAUUAUACCUGAAGGAGCAUCUCCAUCCCCAUCAUUCAGCCCGGACACUGAAGUCCAGCUCUGAGGGCCUUAUGGUGGUUCACUCACUGCGAGAAAUGAGGUUACAGGGAAUCAGGCAGAGGGCCUUCUUGAUAGUGGUGCUCUCCCUGUGGAAUGCCCUCCCAUCAGAUGUCAAGGAAAUAAACAACUAACUGACUUUUAAAAGACAUCUGAAGGCAACCCUGUUUAGGGAAGUUUUUAAUGUUGGAUGUUUUAUCGUGUUUUAUCGAAUAUAAAAAUUCUGUUGGGAGCCCCCCAGAGUGGGUGGGGUAUAAAUAAUAAAAUUAUUAUUAUUAUUAUUAUUAUUAUUAUUAUUAUUAGUUCUCGGCCUUAAAGAAGCUUCUGCAGAGGUCUAGCCCCUGAAGCACUGCUCAUUCCCAAUGAGCAUUUCCAUUUAGAGAACUGCUGAGCUUUCCAUCCACAGUGUCUGGGUGGUGGCAGGAGGGCUGUAAACCCUGUGUUUUCAAAACUACUGAGUCAGGCUGUAGUGUAGAGCAAAUCAAGCUUGCUUUUCUGAUAUCUUGCUCAAGUCCCCCCUCUGAAAUCAUGAGAUUUAAGGAAAAGUACAUGUUGAAUUCUUUGUUCUUCUGCAGUCUGGAGACUGUCAGGUUGUUCCAAACAGAACUAUUAAAGAAAUAAAUUGAUACAUAAUUUGGCAUUUAUCUCCUGUGCAGGGUAUAUUUUUCACAUCCUGCAAAUUGUAUUUUAUCUCUCUUUCCCGAUGUCUUAUGUUAUUGCUUGCUUUUCUAAAGAAAAUUCAAACCAAAUUAACAGCAAUAUAAAACAUGCCUGCACCAAAAUGUUGUUAGAUCUUGUAUUGUCCAUUUUAGUUUUUAUCAUAGACUUGCUUGGAUUUGUGUCUCUGUGAUUCAGGAAUAGAUGCCAGUAGCUGAGAGAUGAAGGACUAUCUUUUUAUGGAAAUGUGUACUCCUGUGUAUGCAAAUAUUACAGAGCCUUCAAACUUUCAAACCUCUGGGUGACCCGUUCUUCUAAUCCCACAUUAGUUUACUGAGGAACCUCUUGCUCUACCUGAAAAUACUGGGGACAAGUGAAUAUUCAAGGGUACAUGCAGAGUUCAAGUGGGCCAGCCCUGUUUCACCUUGGCAUUGCCUUACAUGGGCCAUGAAUUAGAAUGGAUAAAGACAGGGAGAAAUAAAAUUCAAACCAGAUUUUAAAAUUAAAAUAUGAUUUUUUUAAAGUUUCAGAUGCAAUUAUCUCACUUAAAAUUAAGCUGAUUUAAAAAUAAAUAUGAACUUAAUGAUUUUUUAAAAUUUCCUAAAGCUGAAUUUCUGAUCUCAUUGUGCUACUUUUCCUUGUGAAGCGAAAACAGUAUGGAAAACUUCUUCAUAUCACAAUAGUUAAUCUGUUUGUAUAGUGACCAAAUACAGGGAGUAACAUGCAAGUAUAGGCACUAGAAUCCAGGUGAUGCCCUCUUGUAUCUCACCAGGAACAUCCAUUAUAUGCAUGAUCUUGUAGUAUUUUAUACCCAAGCAGCCGAGCCCUGCAGUGCAUUCAGUUUUAAAAUUAUUAAUACUGAUGACCAAACUACCUGAACAAGUCACUUUCCAUUUCAGUAACUACAAUUUCUUGCUUUUGGAAACUUGAUUGCAACCCAAUUUUACUCAUAUUUAUGCAGAAACAAGUUCUUCUUUGUUAACUGAGACAUAUUGCCAAAUAACAGUACGUAGGAUUGAGGCCUAAUCCUUCAAGUAAAUGAUUUGCUUAGUGUUCUUACAUGUGUACAUGGCUUGUCUAUAAACAGAUAUUGGGCUGGCUUCAGCUAAACAGUUGUGCUAACGGGGGCCAGUGCACCAAGUCCUACUAGCACAGCUGGGGUGCGCUCCCCCCGCCCUUCCAAAUCUGCUUAGAUGGGGUCCAGAGAACCCCUGGAACAAUAUAUGGGGGAAGGAGGGAAGAGAUUGUUUUGUCUGGAAAGCAGUAAUGUUUGCACUAAUGGAAUGAUAGUUAUAGUGUGAUGUUGAAUUCCACUCAUAGUUCUAUAGUACAGAAGACAAUCUGAACUGCAUGGCCAGAGACUUUGAAUUACACUUUUAGAUAUUAAGCCUCUAUUUACAUGCAAACCAAUAUGCUUUUUCUUCUUAUUUUUCAGUUAAAAUGCAUGCUUGCUCAGGAAAUACUCCAAUUUCAAAAUGAGUCCUGGAUUUAAAUAAAUGACUUUUUUCUUGGUGAUUCAAAUUAUGGGUUUUACCCAGUGUUCGUCCUCCGCAGAGCAGACCUAUUUGAAUCAAUGAGCAUGAUUAUACUAUUAAAUGUGCUAUCCUGAGUGGAACUUUAGCUGUACAAAUAAAACAUUUUAAGUGUGUUGUAAAGUGCAUUAUACAAAUAUGACACUAGGUGGUGAUGGUGAGUUAUGGCAAAUCAAUAUAUUUUUCAAAACUAUAAAAAAGGCAUUUUCACAGUGUUUUUUUAAUAUGUGUCUAGAUUCUGCCUUAGUUGUGUCCAACCCUGAUUUAAAUCAAUCCACCCUGUUAAGAAUGUACAGCAAGCACUUACCCAUGGCUGCACAUUGCAGGGAAAGAUGGGAAGUUCUGGGCAAGCUUUUCUUUUUCAGGAAGCUUUGUCUCCCAUAAAUUGCUUCUCCAUGAGAAUAGCCUAGGGCUCCCUAGAACAGUCUUAAAAUCCCUGCUAUGGCGAAAAGGUAACGCCAGGUAAUCACUGCAGACAUACUUGUCAUUUUUUGCCUUUGUUCAUGAAAAACAGUCAAUCAAAUUUUGUUAACUCAGAAAUAAACUUAAACCAGCUAUUUUUCAGAGUUAAUACCUGCGAUUAAAACAUGAUUGGCUUUCAGCAAAGGAUUCUGGUGAGAUAUUGGCCAAAGGUGCCUGAUAGUUUGGUUUUGAACGUGGGGAACAUAAUGGCAGGACGUGGCAUUUUCAGUUGUUUGAGAUAGUAAGAUUUCUGCAAUGAUGACCAGGUGAAUAUAGUUUACUCCACACGUGAUUCCUGGGUUAUAUUCUGUCCACUGUGCCAAAAACAAUGGUUCUAUGUCAGAAUUCUUUACAAUGGAAACAAAACACAAAAUUUGUACUUAAAUGAAUUAUCAAAAUAAGAUAAAAUGUAUGCAUAUGUGCCCAUUUUUGAUAAGCAAAGAUGGUGGUGGUGAGGGUGGUGGCUGGACUCAAACUCCCACAUCAUGUUCCUUCUGGGGUAGUUUGCCCACCUUUGGGCCCCACCAUGCACUCAGCUGUCACCUGUGGCUCCUAGAAGCAGUUGGCUUGUGACAGCAGCCACACCCACUGGGUGGCCUAACCAGGUGAGGAUAGCUGAUGCGUCUCAAACCCUUUCCCUGCAUGCAAAGACAGGCUCUGGCAGAUUGAGCAGACAAGACCAAUAGUGGGUCCAAUGGUCAAGAAGGCAGUUGUUGCAUGUGGUGUAGAGGGAAGUGAGAGGCAGAUGGGACUCAUCCACCUGGGAAGGUAGCUCAUCUAGGAGAAGGAAAACUCUGAUCCUAAACAUCCUCUGCCUUGUGGGAUAUCCUCUGGAGAAGAAAAAAGUAAGGAGUAAACUCUACACCAGGGGUAGGCAACCUAAGGCCUGGGGCCCGAAAUGGGCCUAUCGCCUUCUCAAUCCAUCCCGCAGACGGUCUGGGAAUCAGCGUGUUUUUACAUGAGUAGAAUGUGUCCUUUUAUUUAAAAUGCAUCUCUGGGUUAUUUGUGGGGCAGAGGAAUUCGUUCAUUCCCCCCCCUCAAAAUAUAGUCCGGCCCACCACAUGGUCUGAGGGACGGUGGACCGUCCACUGCUGAAAAAGGUUGCUGACCCCUGCUCAACACAAAUUUGGAGUGGAAUCUAGAAGUUCUGCUUAUGUUGAUUUUGAUAUUAAUGUGAUGAGAUAGUCAUGACUUAUGUCCUACUUAAAUGAACAGGAUUUAGGAAGCAGGCAUAAUGAGUUGGAUCCAGACUAUCUCCUACCCUUUGAGAUCAGGACAACAGAAGAAAAUAUUUGCAAGUAGUAAAUGAGUUUGAAUUUGAAUAUCAGGUGGAUGUAAACAACUGAUUCAUCUGGAUGGGAAUCCCUUUUAAGCUGGAUCAUUGCAGCUAAGGCUCUCUCUUUCCCAGUGAGCAUAGCUUCAGUAGAAAAAAAAAACAUGCUCUCAUUUUAAUUUGGGCAUUCUCUCUUUAUUGUUGUGCUUGCUGGUGGAAAUGGGGAUGCUGUGUCUUUAAACGCCUUUCCUUUCCUCAGCCUUGAGGAGGCAGUUACACUCAAGUCUCUGAAUGAGGGAGAGAGGGGGUGUGGAAGUAGCCAUUGGCAGAGCUCUCUAUGCCAUCUCUUCAAGCAGCUGGGGUCUCGUUCCUUCUGAGCAGCUUGUCAGAGCAAUUAGCUUGCUGUAGCAGUGGAGAGGAGCAUUCACAUUGCAUUUGAAGCCGGGGGUGGGGUGGGGGCCGAAAAGAAACAGAGGAUUCCAAGAAACAAGGUCUCCUGGCAAAAUUCCUCUGGGAACCGUUCAUGGCAAUGAGGUCCUUGUUGAGAAGGGGAAAUAGAUGACCUACUCAGUGUGCAGCUUCCACUGGGGUGAGUUUAUUUUUAGACCGAAGUCUCUGAUGAUUUUGGUAUGGUGGGGAGAGAGAAAGCAAGAUAAAUGUCUUGUUGAUUGCAAUGGAACGAACUAUCCUUGUAAUUUAAUUGUGUAGCUGUUUGACUGUUUUGGUACGUCAGUGAGAGGGGCACCUGCCUUUAUAAGGUUUUUCAGAAUGGUUUUUUUUUCUGAAUGGUACAGGAGUCUGAUUUCAUCUCUUCUCCCCAUGCUUCCUCCUCCUCCUCCAGGCUUGCAGGGUCUCCGUGGCUCCUGUGUCAUCAGUUUUUUGUGAUAUGCUAUGCAUCCACCUAGAGGGAAGAAGGGAAUCCCCUAUAAACAUACGCAGCUCUUUUGUGUCAUUAAGGAGGUCUCCCUGCUGGACUUGUGCUGGGAUUCCGUUGUUUUUUUAACUCAUGCUUUGUUUUUAGGAUGGGAAGCCAAGCACCCAUCACUAUCCUCAUUCACAAAUUCCUGCACAUUUCCCCCCUUUGAGGAUUUGUUUAGAUCUGAGGAAAGGAUGUUGGCUAUUAUAUUUGAGCAACCACUAGACCAUGUAUAUUCCAUUCAACACAAUUGGAGUAAACUGAUGUCUAUUGGUUUUCUUUCUUGUUUUCUUUGAUGGUCAAGCUGGGUUUUGUGUUGGACUGGGCUCUCCAGGAGGAAUUCCCCUGAACCUGAUCUAGUGCUCCAUCUAUCCUCUUCUCUUUCAUCUUUCAUAUUCCUGGAUAAAUCUUCAUACUAUCUUUGGCUGAAAUAAGUGUGUGUGUGUGUGUGUGUGUGUGUAUGUAUGUAUGUAUGUCUGAAUGAUAAACACUGCAGAUGCAUCCUUAGCUUUCAGAAUCCAAACUGGGCUGUUUUGAGGGGCUCAGAUUGAUGAAGCAGACAAAAAUAUGAGAGCUGCCUCUAUUAGGUGGCUUUGCCAUAGGUAUUUUGUUGCUUGUGCAGUGGUAAUUGCUUCAGCAAGUGGGUGUUCUCUUCUGUUUUUGUCCUUCUGCUUAUGAAACCAAUGUUCAGCAAGAGGGGGGGUGGGCGGGCGGGCGAUGGAACUGCUGUUGCCUCCCCUUUGUGCCUCUCCUUUUCAAGCCCCACUCCUAGUAGAUGGCAUCUUUGAAUGCAUUUGGUAGCUCAGCUAAGAGGGGGUUUCUUUUUGCUUGUCAGCUUCCAAAUGCAAGACUUUAAUGUCUGCUUUAUUUCUGUAUGUGGUAUACGUGACAUCAAAGUAAGCUGCAAUAACGGCUGUCAUUUGCAGUAUGUUUACUUGUAGGCUUCUUUUUUUUAAUGGUCAGAUAGGAAAGAAAGUAGAGGAUGUGGGUAUGAGCAGAACCUCCUUCAACCAGUUUUCCUAAUCAUUAGCAUAUACUCCAUAUAACAUUAGAACCUUUAUUUGCUGUUCAGUGAAGGUAAAGUUAGGUUCCCUUAAAAUCAUUUUUGGUUUUCCAUUUAUUGUCAUUUUACUGCCCAUUUGUUCAGUGGACAGCAGAAGUUAAUGAAAAGUUGGACUUAAUCUGUUCGUGAAAUUUAAGGUGAUUUUCCUUUGAAAGAGAUGUAGUGCAACCUGAUUUCCUUCGUUCAUAUUUUAUUUUGUGUAGCGCAGACACUUCAUCAGACUUUGAAUAGGAAAGAGUUAAGAUCUAUUUUUAUGGUUGAGCAUGUCCGCCCCCUGCCCCCCCCCCCCGCCAUUCCGGAAACAAGCAGCUGGCCCUGUAUUUGCAAGUGGCUGAGAGCCCCCAGAAACUAGCAAACUCUCCCCCUCCAAUCACUGUUUUCUGAAGGAAUACUGCCAUCGGGCAUAAAGAACUGUGGCAAGGAGCAGCAGUGCCCCACAAUAAAGGGUUAAAAGGAAUUCCAACACAGUGUCACACAUCUUGACAUUACAGAGGAGGUGGAUAAUUUUCAUGCUAGAUAUUCAGGAAAUCCCCAUGGUGGACAGCCCCCUUAACUGUUGCCAGGAGACCAUUUUGACGUCACUGAUGGCAGUUCCUGUCUGCAUGUGGGUGCAGUGAACAUCCUUCAGCAGAGAAACAGUAGCUGAUGUGAAACUGGUAAAUAUGUGCUUUGGAAAAGAUAAUCCGGCCCCAAGACCAGCUCAUUUUUUCUUAAUGACUUUGACUGCGGCUGUGAAGCUUGCAGAAUUCAUGCUCAUAGCAAAAUCUCCAACCUCGCUGCACGAUUUUUAAUGUGGAUGCCUGCCUGUUCCUAAUGGCUAGACAGAAGAGGAUUCUCUCCAGGCUUUUGCGUCAUCAAAAGGGAAAGCCCUUGCUUUCUUUUGGUGCAUCCCUUAAAUGGGAGGAGUAUGAAAAUGGGGGAGGGAAAAACAGUGAGCCCUUGUAUAACCAUUCAUCAAACCUUGAGAAUAAAUGGAGAAUGCAUAGAAAAAAGGUAUCCUGAUUGUUCCCCUCUUUUUUUAACCUCCAGAUGGGUUUGCAGGGAGAAGGGGAGAGAAACAAGAUGCAAUAAAGCAGGCUGCAGAAUAAGUCGCUAAAUUCUUCCAUGUCAUUUUGUAUUCCUGACUUAUUUCAGAACAUGAAUAGCAGCAAGACCCUUUAAAAAAUAAUGCAGAAUAUGUGGCCAUGCACUCCUCUUUUUCCUGUGGAUUUGCAAUUCUGUCCUUGGAAAAGAUAUUAGAGCUGUGCCAGCUGAUAUGUCUUAAUUACAAUUAGAUCUUAAGAUUUGCCUUGUCAGACAUCACAUCUGAACAACUACAGUUUUGUCAGUUUCCUAUUGGGAGAUAAGAAUUGCCAUGUUGGAUCAACCAAAGAUAUGUCUAUCCUGGCACUCCCUCCACCUUUUUAAAAAUAAUGGCCAGCUAGAUGACUCAAAUAAAUGCACAAGCGGAGCAUGAUCAACAUUAUUUUAUUAUGUAUUUUGUAUAUUCAUUUUGUAUUUUUCUGUUGUGAACAGGCCGGAGAUCUUUGAAUGGUGGUAUACAUACACAGUCAGUACAUACAUACAUGUAGUAGUGGGACUCAGUGACAUUCGUAAAGAUAAAGCGCUUUAUAUGCGUUAUUUCACUGUGACACCAGAUGGCACUGUGGAGUCCCGCCUUUUCUCUACAGGAUUUCCCUGUAUGAAGUUUACAACACAUUUAACUGAAUCGCUUUGUUGUGUCUAGAUCCAGCCUUAGUAUCCUGUUUACAGUGGUGCCUCGCAAGACGAAAUUAAUCCGUUCCGCGAGAGUCUUCGUCUAGCGGUUUUUUCGUCUUGCGAAGCAACCCUAUUAGCGGCUUAACGGAUUAGCGGUUUAGCGGCUAUUAAAGGCUUAAAGGCUUAGCGGAUUAGCUGCUAAAAGGCUAUUAAAGGCUAUUAAAGGCUUAGCGGAUUAGAUAAAGGGGGGGGGGGGGAAAGCAGAAAAAAAAUCUCAAGAAUCGCAAGACAUUUUCGUCUUGCGAAGCAAGCCCAUAGGGAAAUUCGUCCUGCGAAGCAACUCAAAAACGGAAAACCCUUUCGUCUAGCGGGUUUUCCGUCUUGCGAGGCAUUCGUCUUGCGGGGCACCACUGUAUUUUCAUAUUGAUUUUUCUAGCAGUGGUGCCUGAUAACUGGUGGAAGGUGUCCAAAGCUACUUCUUAAAACUACACCUAAAAUGAUUUCUGCGUGUAGCCCCUCACAACAUAUUGUCCUAAAGAAAUCCAUAAGUUAUAUAAUGUUUUCAGUGUAGCCAUAUGGGCAGUGACUUGGCUGGCAUCCUGACAGUAUGUGUCUAGAACGAAAGCAGCUAACCUUUCAAAUGUGACAUUGACAAAUUGCCAUCUAAUGACCACCGAGGAUGUGACAUACUAUCUGAAGCAGCCUUCCUGAUGAUAAACUUUUGAGGACUCCCCCCCCCCCCAAAUCUACUGUGGCAUCAUCCCCAAAUGUCUGUGAAUGCCACAUCUCAUCCUAGUAGUUAAAAUAAACAUGGGCAUCCACUUUUGUAUUUCACAAGCAAUUCCCUCUGACAGUGGAAGUUUCUCUCCUUGUUUUCCUGCAAAGGACUACAGACAAUGUAAUUUCCGUUACAGGUAUUUUCGCUAGAAUAACAGGAGUUGCAGUCCAAUAAGAUUGCUUGAGACAGGUGCUUGGGCCUAGUGAUGAGUUGGAUAAGGUUGUGCAGCAGUGGCUCGUGAGUGCUUCUGUCAGUGGCUCUUCCAAAUACUGUAUUUUGUAAUGUCUAAAAACAGUUUUCUCAGGCUUACACUGGAUUCCAUGGCAACAUUCAUCCCUUGCAUUUUUUCUGUUUUAGCCUUUCUUUAGUUAAACCUUGAUGAGAUAGCUGCUAAUACCUUACUGAUGUGGCACUCAUUCUCCUCCUCCUCCUCCUCCUUGCUUUUCUCAAUAAGUGUGAAGCCCCUCCACCAAAAAAGCUGCGUGCAAUAAAGUAGUAUAAAACUUGACUGUUGCCAUCCUCUUCUAAGGAACGAAAUGGAUAUACUGUAUGAGAAGCAGUUUGAUGUAGUGGUUAGUGUGAGGGAAUAGGGCUUGGGAGACCUGGAUUCUGAUCCCUGCUCUGUCAUGAAGCUCACAGAGUGAUGUGGGUCUGAUCCCAUUCUCUCAGCCUAACUUACCUCACAGGUGUUUCUGAGGAUAAAAUGGGGGCAGAGAGUGCCAUGCAUAUGCCACAUUGAGCUUAUUGCAGGAAAGGCAGGAUGUCAGUGUAAGAAUGAAUAAAAUAGUGCAGACUGGCCUGAUCUACGUAUGCAACUGAAAGAGAUAGGAGAGCGGACUGCACCACUUUGUACCACAGGUACGAAAUCACAUUUUUGAAAGAUAUGUCUUUCUGUAAAACAGAACUAAAACCCAUUUUAAUUAAGGAGCAAGCUAGAUUAGAAUCUUUAUCUCUGAUGUGUUGGCUCUAAACCUGUAUUUUUAAAAAACACUGGGAGCAUUCCCCUCCCCCCCCCAUCUCCUAAUGCUACACACAUAGACCAGGCCGUUAAUUAUUGUUGUUAUUAUUCAUUUCUAUACCACUUUAUAUUUUUAAGAGAAAAAAUCUUAAUGUGGUUUACAGCACAUUAAACUUCAAAUAAAACAAUCCAGAAUAAAACAUUACUGAAGAAAGUCAAAUUUAAAGUAUACAUUCAAAGCAACAUAAUUAACAGGAAAAUAAAUAUUAUCUUAAAGAUUUCAAAGCAAAACAUUACUGAAAGAAAUCAAAUAUAAAAUGUACAUUUAAAACAGCACAAUUAACAAGAGAAUAAAAUAUUAUCAUAAGCAUAGUGUUAACAGGUUGUUUUUUGGGGGGAGGGGUUUAGAACACUAAUGCACUCAUAUGGUUGCUCAUAUGCCAUGGGUGCUGCCGCUCAUUGGCACCCUUCAGAGAAACAGUGUGCAUGAGCAGUUGUAACCAGAGCUAUGCAUGCAAAUGUAAGAACUUGAUCUUAUAGUGUCCAGCACCUGCACUUCGGAACUCCUCACCUAAUGAUAAUCAGGCAGGCACAUUUACUGCACAUUUUUGGGUCCCUGCUAAAAGCCUUCUUGUUUAGAUGAACCUACUUAGAUGUUUAAAAAGUUGAUGUGAGUUUUGAUUUGUUUUUAGUCUAUUGUUAUUUUAACUUUUUGAAAGUCUUAAAUUAUUUUUGUUAAUUUUUCUUAUUGAUAAUUUUUUUGUUUUAACUUUUUGUAAGCUGUUUUGAGGUCCAUGUUUGUUUGUUUUUUAAAAAAUCAAGCAGGGUAUAAAUUUUAUGAAACAAAAUAAUUAAAAUAAAUGUGUAAUCCUAUGUGGUAGGGAUAAAUCACACAUCAAAAUGAGUUACAACUGCAGUUUUUUAAUACGCAUGCACGUGCAUGCGCGCGCACACACACUAUUCAAAAGUUAAAAGCUGUGAAAGGUGUGUGUUUAUCAGAGAUGCUACUCAGCUGGGCAUCUUUUGGUCUACGACCAGCCCAGAGAUGACUGAAACUGCUGCUUCAGGCAGUCUAAUUUUGAUGCUGUGAAGAAGAGCGGAGGGGGAAAUAGAGCUCAUCCAUGCCGUGCAAACAAAGGAUUAGAACACCUUCAGCAUCCAGAGCUUUGGGGUUCAGAAAAAAAGUUCCUAAGAUCAUGAGGGACACAAUUGGGAUUUAUACGUGUGUGAGUGAGUGAGUGAGUGAGUGAGAGAGAGUGUGUGUGUGUUCCUCUCCUGCCUUAUAUUAUUAAAAUUGAGGAUCGUCCAGUUAAAUUGAUGGGCAGCAAGUUCAAGCAUACUAUGAAACUCACUGCCACAAGAUCCGGUGGGGGCCACUGGCUUAGGUGGCUUCAAGAGGAGACCAGACAAAUUCAAGGUGAUGGCCAUCUGAAGGUUCCAUGUUCAGAGGCAGCUCUGAAGGCCACUUGCUGGGGACCUGUUGCCAUGACAACCAGAGGUGAAGAUGUCAUGGCAACAAUAGAAACAUGAGGUAACACCUUGAGAUGCUAGGCUAGGCCAACCUCUGCAGCUAUACCACUGGAGUGGGUGGGCUGGCAGCUUGACUCAGUGGAUUUAACAGCAUAAAGCUGGACUUGAAUUCACCCAUAGCCCUCUGUACUGGCCAUUGGAAACUGCUUCCAAUGUACAGCUCUUGCUUUGUCGUAUGAAGCUGCAUCCAUGCUACAUGUAUAUAAUUGUGUGGUGAAUGAACAUCUUUGUAUGUUUCUCACUAUGUUUAUGUAGGUGCUUAAAUCCCUGGACAUUAUUGCAGAUUCACCACUAUCGGUUGUCAGCAUGAGAUUGUUGGCUGGUUGUUAACCAAUAGUUGCCUGCGUUUACAUAGGCUGGAUCUAGACACAUCAAAGAAGUGCUUCAGAAAAAUGCAGUGUAACCUUUAUACAGUCAUACCUCGGGUUAAAUAUGCUUCAGGUUGAGUGUUUUCGGGUUGCGCUCCGCGGCCACCCAGUAACGGAACGUGUUAGUUCCGGGUUUCGCCGCUUGUGCAUGCGCAGAUGGUCAAAAUGAUGUCAUGCACGGAAGCGGUGAACCGCGACCCGCGCAUGCGGGUUGCGUUUGCUUCAGGAUGUGAACGGGGAUCCGGAACAGAUCCCGUUCGUAUCCAGAGGUACCACUGUAAUGAGAAAUCAUGUUGGCAAAAAUACAACUCCACAGCGCCAUCUGGUGUCACAGUGUUCCAUUGCAUGUAAAACACAUAUAAAACACUUUUUCUUUACCAAUCUAGCUGCGUCCCUAGUCAGCAACUUUCCUCUCUGUCCUUUUUCUCUACUUACGCUCUGCCUUUCUGAUACUGUUGCUGAUGCUGUGCCACAAGAGAGAGAUUUAGGCAAGCAGUUCCAAUGAUGUGGGGAUAUCAUGAGCAACAAGGUGACAUCUGUCUUGAUUUUUCGAGCUUGCAAACUCUGCUCACUUGGCACGACUGUUCACACUGAGUUAUGUCAUGAAAAUCCAGCCAGCCAAGUGAAAUCCUUGGUGGCAAUAAUUUUAAUCCCUUUGGUGGAUUUGUUUUGUCACUGGCUGCUGUACUAAUUAGAGGUGCUGAUUGCACCUGUAUGUCAGAAGACCUCUGGGCUGCUUUCUCUCUCUCAAGCCAUCCAAGCUAUUAGCAUUCUAACAGCUGCUCUGAGAACAGAGUGUGAAGUGACCGUCUAGCCACUGUAAUGUCUGAGAAAAUCUCUUCUUCCUCAGUUAUGUACUCCGCACAAAGAUGGAUACAUGAUAUUCCAGCAUUAUCUAGAUAAAAGGAAGCCAUGAUCCACUUAACGAGAAUGGAGCAGAGGUAAUAUUCUUGUAGGGUUGAGAAUGAAUGGAUUCUUGUUCCUUUACUCAGUCUUUGUUUUGGAUUCAAUUUCAUGUGCCCUGAGGGGAUCCUGCAGUUUUUCUAGUGCAGAAUGAACCCCUAGCAUUUUAAAUAAUUCAUUUAUUAGGAAGAUCUUGGAGUAGGGAGCAGGAAAAGAAUAGAAAGGGCUCAUCUCAGAAAAUAAGUUUAUUUAAAAGUGUGAGACAGACUUCCCUAAAAAGUGUGUGUGUGUGGGGGGGGGAGUCAGCUACCCUGAAUGUCUUUUAAGUUUAUUUUGAAAUACCCCCACUUGUAUGGGUCUACAAAUAUUAGCUAGCCUUGAUUGGGUUAAAAUUAGCAUCCAAACUGCCAAAAGACGGGAACUGAUGAAAUGGAAUUCAGGUUACAAAUACUUGAAAUACAAUUCAAGUAAUGAUUUCUCAGUGUCUGAAUAAUUUUGUCAAGCCUUGAAAGCCCCAGUACCUGUUUGCCUCUGGCUGAUUGGAGUCACUGCCCGCUGGAGUGUUGGUUUCUUGAGGAAGCUGAGCCCAGUGGUUCUCAAAGCUCAGUAAGAUGCUUUAACCACUGAAAUCAAUACAGUGGUGCCCCGCAAGAUGAAUGCCUCGCAAGACGAAAAACUCGCUAGACGAAAGGGUUUUGCGUUUUUUGAGUCGUUCCACAAGACAAAUUUCCCUAUGGGCUUGCUUCGCAAGACGAAACAUCUUGCGAGUUCUUGCGAGUUUGUUUCCUUUUUCUUAAAGCCGCUAAGCCGUUAAUAGCCGCUAAGCCGCUAAUAGCCGCUAAGCCGCUAAUAGCCGUGCUUCGCAAGACGAAAAAACCGCAAGACGAAGAGACUCGCGGAACGGAUUAAUUUCGUCUUGCGAGGCACCACUGUACAUAUUGGCACAUGUGAAGAUUGCCCCAUAAGGAAGCUUUCCAUUGUAGGCUCUGAGGUUUUAAAGCACUUUAAAAUCACAGAAUAUGUUUUGUGUAAUUCUGAGGAGAGUCAUGCUUGGUCAUCAUUCGAAAGCUGCAGGUCUCCCACCUUCUAAGUGAAUUUUUGAAAUGUAGAUUGGCUCUCAAUGUGAUGAAAAGUUCCUGAAAUGAGUCAAGCCACAUUCCCUACCCCCAUAUUCAUACAUAGUAUAUACUUAUAUACUAUGGACUUUCCUUUCAGCCACUGACAGGAUUUAUUAUAUUUAAGAGCUGUCCCAUAAUGUAACAUUCCCUGGGAGUUGCACGAGCUCUCCGCUUAUAGAGCGUGAAUUGUAUGCAAUUUAAUUGCUGUUUGGAACUCAAUGUUUGUUGCUGCAUUGUGAUCUUGGAAUAUUUGUACACUGUAUAUUUUUGUUAUUAAAUGUUAUCCAUAUUUGUGUAUACUGUAUAUUUUGGUUUAUAUUGACUUGUUUGUCUUUGUAAUUUAUUUUAUGGUGGUAAUAGCCAGUAAAUUUUUUUUUGUCGCCCCAACAAGCUUGAGUUCCGGCACGCGCAAGAGAACUCCAGAAAAGGAAAGCACCAAUAGCAGCUAUUACACAUAGGGUUUGUUUGUUUGUUUGUUUGUUUGUAGGUGUGUUUUUCUUUUUUCUUAUUAAAACAACAACAACACUACUGGCACCUGAGGACUGAAGACAGAGCUGUGAGCAGUGUGCUGUAAUGGCUCGUGCCUCCCAGUUUAAACAGCUGUGGCAUUCCUCAGCACCCGCGACAGAGCACUUGUGGUUGGGGUGAGCAUGUAGGCGGCUGGAUGGGAGGAAAGAUGAGCAGGUUGUUCCAAUCAGUGGCAUUUAGUUACUUACUGUAGGUCCCUGGAAAACUGCAUUGUGGGCCCAAAACACUUGACUUCUAAUGCAAUCAAAUGCCCUUCAUCAUUAGGACAAAAUGGGUCAAGCACGCAUUAUUUUCUUUUGGGUCAGCUAUGUUUGUUCUGAGAAUUGGUUUCCUCUCUUCUUUGCUCCCACCAUGAUCUGUACAGGCUUCUCUACAUUGGGUUAGUAGAUAGCAUGAAUUUGCUUUGCAUUGGGAUGCUAAAUCUGUUGUUUUCUGACAAGUGAAGCACCCUGCUUAUUUUGAAAUUGUGUUGCAUGAUAGACAUAUGCAGCAGGUUUUGAUUUUUAAAAAAGAAACCUUCAAAUAUAUAAUAAUAAUAAUAAUAAUAAUAAUAAUACUACAGUGGUACCUCGGUUUAAGAACAGCCCUGUUUAUGAACUAUUUGGUAUACGAACUCCGCAAAACCAGAAGUAGUGUCCCGGUUUGUGAACUUUACCUCCGUCUAAGAACGGAAUCUGAACAGUGGAAGGGCAUCGGUGGCGGGAGGCCUCAUUAGGGAAGGCGUGUCUCGGUUUAAGAAUGGCUUUGGUUUAAGAACGGACUUCCGGAACGGAUUAAGUCCAUAAACCAAGGUACCACUGUAAUAAACUUGUCUUGUUGCUCGUAGCGAUGGAGCCUGUUGCCAUGGAGGCAUGAUUCAGAUUGGUUGACCCAGAGGCCAGUGUGCAAAUAGAGAACAAGAACAUCGUCAUUUAACCUUGCAGAAUGGUCUAAUUUAGUGAGAUGUGACGUUAAUGCCAAAACCUUGUGCAGAGUUGUAGAACUGUGGUACUAGCAUUUGCUCCUACUACUGGGAAUUUUUGUUUUCAAAAGAACUGAGACAAAAGCUGUUUUCUGCUGCCUCUGGUUUGUCUGAACAGACACUGUUGAGGUCUGAGUAGAGGCCCUGUACACAUGCUGUGAUAAGCCAAACCAUGGCUUACUGAGUAUGCAUGCUAACUCUUUAGUUUGUGUCAGACCCCCCCCUUUCUCUUUCCAGAGCUGGGAAGUGUGUUGGCUUAGCAUUACAUGCCAACCAGUACCUGUGUCUGCUUUGCUCUGAACAAACUGCCGAGAUGAAGCCACAAUCCUCAGUUCGGAUAUUGUGGAAAAACAAACUUGUUUCAUUUAUUAUUUGUGCUUACAUCCUGCUUGUUUCCAAAUGGCCCAAGGUGUGUUACCUAAACACCACAGUUAAAAAUGUAUACAAUAUACAUUAGAAUAAUAAAAACCAUUAACACACACACACCCUGCCAACAUCAGAAUAUCAAAACACAGAACUGCAGUGUAAAGAAAUGUGUCCUGACCAGUUGUUGGAAGUGUACAGUGAUAGGUCAAGACACACCUCAGAGGGGAGGUCACUUGAAAAAAAUGCCCUUCCGCUGUAGUGGUAGCACUACAAGCAGGCCCUCCCUUGCUGAUCAUAACUCCCAGGCAAAGUUGAUAUGGGAGGAGGUACUCCUUCAGAUGUUUUGGGCCCAAGUUAUAUAGUGCUUUAUGUAUCAAUAUUAACGCCUCAAAUUCAGUUUGGCAGUGAAUUGGCAACCAGUACAAAUCUUUCAACCAGCGUAAUAUUUGUCUGGUCAGAGAUGAUCAGCAGCAGCCUUGCUGUUGCACUCUGCACUAGUAGAAGCUUCCAACUCUUUUCAAGGGCAGCCCCACAUAGACCUGAUUGCAAUAGUCCGAACUAGAAAUUACCAAAGCAUGAGUUAUUGUGACCACAAUAUCCUAUCCAAGAAGGGUCAUAGUUGAAGAACCAGCCAUAACUGGAAAUGGGCACUCUUAACCACCAAGAUCACCUGGAUCUCAGGAGACCUAGAUGGAUCAAGGAGUACCCACAAGCUAUGCAUCUGUUUCUUCCAGGGGAGUGCAAACUCAUCCAGAACUGGCAGUCCCCAUGUUUCCUGAACUUGAGAACUUGCAACACAUAGUACCUCUGUCUUACCUGGAUUCAGUUUCAAUUUAUUGGUCCCCAUGCAGCUCCUUGCCACUUCCAGGCAACAGACAAGCACCUGAACUGCCACUCCUGAUUCAGAUGAAUUGGAGAGACAGAAGUGGGUGUCAUCACCACUAAUAUCACUUCACUCCAAAUCAGUGUUAGAAAUGCAGCUACACAUGCUAAGCGCAAAAUGGUUCCUUAAACCCAGGUUGCAGUUGCCAAAAUGGAAUGUCUACAUGCCAUUUUUGGGCAAGAUGGCUCUAAAGUCUUACUUUUCAAAUGAAGGACUGACUGUGAUUGAUUCUCAGUUAAACACCUGGCUAGUUCAGAUGACAGCCUUGAGCUAGCGUAAGAGCUUUGAGAACUUAAAGGUCACUUAAUCCAGGGACAGUCCACAUAUAUAUUGGCCUAUUCCUACCUCUUUUUCUUGAUGGUGACACAGAACACCCAUGAUGUAAGAAUAUUCUUCACAACUGUGAGCAGGACAGUGGGGUAAGUGAAGACUGGUCAACAGUAUCAAAAGCUGCUGAGAAGUCGAGGAGAACCAAGAAGGCUGCACUCUCACUGCCGUUUUCCUGGCAAAUGUCAUGAACCAGGGUGACCAAGGGCAAGCUGAAAUGGUUUUGCAGAUGGAACAACUGGAAGAAUGUGAUGUUAAAUUCCACUCUUUGUCUACCAUGGACAUCUACCUUGCUUAAGAAUGGCUCUGGAAGCUGAAAAUAAGCUGAUGCACUUAAUAUUCCAAGGACAGCUAUGUGUGUAGGAAUCUGGUUUCUAGAAAUUGAUAGGAGGAUUCCUUUUGAAUUCUCAGAUAAAAAAUAACGAUAGUAAGAUUGAACUUAAUAUAAUUACUUUUGACCCCAAAGGGUGCCUUUUUAUGACCACAUGACAGAGAAAAGUUAAAGGAAAACUUCCUCGGCAUCUUUAUUUGUUUAUUUGAAGUUUUCAUAUGGCUCCCUUUGAGAGAAUUAGCUACCCUCAGGAAGAGGGUCCUUGAUGUUGACUGGAUUACAUUUGUUAGUGUGCUCAGGCUGGUUUUUGAAAUCUGAUCCGAUAGGGAGGAGGCUGCUGUUAGCUGUAGUGAAUCUCAAGGAGAAAGCUUUAUUUCCUUUCUUUAAUCAGUUUCCUUGGGGACGGGUAAAAUGAUGGAACAAUGCCAGCUUGCCUUCACUUCAGUCAAUGCUUGAAUUGUUGCCGGGGCAGGGAAAGUAGGGUCCCCCAUAAAUAAACCCAAAAUCUCAACCUCUGACUCUUCCCAAUUUUAGCCAAAUCAUGCUCCGCCUCCCCAAUAGCCUUCGAAAAUGAAACUGAUCUGUAGAAAAAGCAACUUGAAAAAGAGACAAUUCACGUAUUUUUGUAAACUUAAGAAACUUAACAAAAAUUAUUAUAAAAAAGCAGCAGCCAGGAGGGCAUCACAGUAAGUAAGGGGACCUGUAAUUCGAGCAUUGGCUUCAGUGGGUCAAGCGGAAGAAACCCAUUAUUGUUUGGUGCUUCAAGAUGCUGUGUCUGGCUUCUUCCACCUGGCUUAGCUCUUCAGGCUUAAUAGAAGACUCGGCAUCUCUCCUCUGCUGCUCUGUGUGUGUUUCUGUGUGUGUUCUCCUUCCCUGACCCAGAUUUUUAACGCGUAGCUUUCCUGAUGAUGUAGCUAUAUAAUUUGUUUUAUCUGCCUGGCGGAAAGUGAUUGGCAUAGCCUGCCUGUUCUCGUCGCCCACCUCCUUUUCUUCCUUCCUGAGCCCUGUGAACUUCUACUUCUCCGCAAGUCCUGCUUGCCACAGUGGAUCAUGUCAGCCGCCUCCUUGCUUACUCCCACGCUUGUCCUGAGGGAGCGCGGCUGAUUCAUUCACACAGAAAGGAAAACCUUCUGAGAAGGAGCUUUUUCUGUUCUCUUUAAUGAGAAACUUCAGUGGAACACAGAAUGCUGCUGCUUUUAGUUUGAAUGCUGGGGGGAAAUAAUCCAGAGGGAGUUCAUUGUAUGUUUGAUAGCUGUAAACAUACUGACCAGCCUCUUGUGAAUGGGGAACGUAUUUAGUUAGCUCCUUCAACUCUCUCCCACCAGGGGUGGGCAGGAAGUAACUGUCUUUGCGUCACUAAAAGCAAGCAAAGGUACCACCCCUAGUACAGUCACUUCAGUUUCAAAGCAUUGAGUGGGGUCUGUGUGUGUGUGUGUGUGUGCUUAUUGCAUUUACAGGCCAUGGAAGGUGACAAAUGUUGGCCAUUUCCCCUCCCUUGUGCAAAAUAAUCAACAUAUGAAAAAGCUCUUUACUUUCAGAACUGCACCAUUUGUGAAUUUGUGGUUGUGUAUUUACCUAGAAAGUAUGAAGACUGUGUUUGUGUGUGUUUAAGCACUUGUUUGCUUAGAAGAAUCCCUCGUCAUAGUUUGUGGCACCCAAAAAAAUAAAGAAUCCUUGCAACAGCUGGCUAAUUUAGCAAAAAUUAAAAGCCAAUAGGAAGCUGUUAUUCUCUGUUAUUCUCUUUCACAAAGGGAGGGGAAUUUUGUGGGGUGAAGUAGUUGCCUCGGGUGGCUGAAGGCCCCAAGAUUGCUCCCUCAUGGGCGCCUCACCCGCCAUGCUGUCUGUACCACUGGCACUGAAGUGGCACUGGCAUCGGUGCUGAUUUCUGGUGAGAUCUAAUGGAGUGUGAGAGAUCUUGCAAGAUUUUGGUGAGAUUUGCUGGAAAUUGGUGCUGAAUUGGUGCUUUUUCACUGGCAGGGCAGGCAUCCUGACAGUGAGGUGGCACUUCCCAUUUUGUCUCAAGUGGCAAAAACAGUACAUGCUGCCCCUGAUGUCUGGCAGCAGUGAGGCCACUUUAGCUAGUGGUGAUAGAGAUGCAAUUAGCAAGUCAACCUGUGCAUUAUGUUCUGAAAGAAGCAAAGAUCACCAGUGCCGAAGCAAUGAUUCUUCAACAUCAACUUUGUUGGACUGGUCAUGUUGUUCAGAUGCCUGAUUAUCAUCUUUCAAAGCAUCUACUCCAUUUCCAACGUAAGAAUGGAAAUUGAAAUAUUGGUGAACAUCAAAAUUUUUUAAAGAUGCUCUCAAGACAAAUCCAAAAAAAUGGAGUAUAAGCACUGAUAACUGGGAAACACUGGCCUGCCUGUGAGCGCUCCAGUUGGAGAACAGCCUUUACCAAAGGUGUCAUGGAUGAACUCAGGAUGAAAGGGAGAAAUGAACUAAGAGGAAGGCACAUUUUGGAAAUCCUCACCAUCAUCAACUCCCACCCGGAAACCUAUGUCCCCACUGUGGAAGUACAUGGGGAUCCAGAAUUGGCCUCCACAGUCACUUACGGAAUCACUGUUAAGACCAUGUUCAUGGAAGACAAUCUUAUUUGGCUAUGAGUGAUCACCAGAGAUUAUGUUCUCACCUUUUAUGGCAGGCAUAGCUAAUCUAGCUACCCCCAUUCCUGGCAUUCUUACCCUUUAGAUGUUGGACUACAUCUCCUGUCAUCACUGGCCAUCGGUCAUGCUUGCUGUAGUGGAUAACUUUUGCAAGUCAUGUGUCUGCCUUAUGUUUAAACCAAAAGGUAAAGUGCUGCAUUGAUUUCUUAAUAAAACUCCACAUUCAAAGCAAAUUCUUAGAACAGAGGUUCCCAAACUUUUUUGGCCUGCCACCCCCUUUUCAUAAAAAAAUACUCAGUUCCCCCCUGGAAAUUACCUUCUUUAAGCGAACUAACAGAAGAUGCAGGAACAAGGUGCAUUCUUUUAUUUAUCUAUUUCUACCUACUGUAUAUCACCGCAUACUGAUCGCCACCAUGUAAUAGUCACACCCCCCUUUUUUUGACCCCAAAAUUGGUCCCAGAGCAUUCCCUGCAUAAUAGUCACAGGGGUAAUUCUGAAGUGAGCUGCAGGUCAGCACAGGGGGCUCCAGAGGCAGUGAUGACCAGAGUCCGGGACCUCAUUGGCUUAGUCCCGAGUGGAGGUAUCUGGAGAGGCUAGGCGAGGUAAAGCCAGGCUCGGGCUGAUGCUGCUGCCACCACCUUUUUGGGUCACACAGAGUCUAGAGGCAAGAAGGCAGCUUGGCUUACCCACCUGCAUGGAAGAGCCAUGUGAGGUCCCUAGAGAAAGGCCUUGUUCUGAGCCUACCCUUUUCCUCUCUCUAUGGCUGCCCCGUGAGAGCGGCCAAAGGAGAGGGCGCUGUCAUGGCUUUAGUGAGUCACCACUGAGCCGCUCUCCCAUUACUGGUGGAAUGGUACCCCCACCGGGGCAGGGAAUAUGCAGUAGCCAAACCUGGUAAGGCAUUUUGUAAAAGUAACUUUGCACCUUGCCAUUUUAUAGAUGCUUGAGGUAGGGACGCUACAGGCUAUCCAGGCUGUCUGUAUUUGGAUCAAAUUAAUGAAGAGCUACCAUCUCUUAGCUUUCUAUUUGAGCUUGUUAAUAGGUUGGAAUUGCCACUCUCCAAAAUUGCAUUGUGCUAUUACUCCUCACUAGCUACUGCAUGUGUGAAAGGACUAUUGAAAUAAUUUAUAACCAAUCCACUUUAAGUGAAGUCACUUAUGUGCCUAGGAAUCUUUUGAGUAGAGAACCACAGAAUAGGGAAUGAAAUGGCCACCUGAUCUGACAUGGUGCAGGACAGAACCAAAGCAACCCUCUUGCUGGAUCCCAGCAAGGCCCAUCUAAUUUGGUUCUUAGAGAUCAAGCUGAGCAGUCCAAACUUCACUAUUCCACACGCAUAGGACAAGCACGCUGCACUGGGACUUCCUCUUUAACAGUGCCAGGUGACUGAAGUAAGAAAACCAAGCUGCACAUUUCAUGAAUGGUAUCCAGUACUCGUCUGACUCUGUGUAAACCUCUUGUCAUUGACAGAUAUAACUAACUCAGAUCCAUUAAUUUCAAAGAGUAUACUCUGAGUUGGAUAGCAUUGGAUGCAACUCAAUAAAUAUACCUGCCAUCAAAGCCCUAUGUCAAUAGUCUAACCCCAGAUUUGACAAGGUGUAGGGAGGUAGGGAGAAGAGUGGGAUCUAAGCACUGGUCUGCUGUGGAAUUGGCAAAGUCAGAACUCAAAUGCUGGGUCAAAUUUAUUGUCCAAACAGAUGGAUAAUAUAUUGCCAUGACAAUGGGAACUACUGCCAGACAUAUCCAUAAUUGCCAAUUUGACACACUGUUCGUACAUGUUGAACAUGUGUUUAAGAAUUAUUGGAUUUGCUUGCUUGAACAAAAAUACUUUGUGAAAUUGCCUAAAUAUAACUUCAAUGUGUACAGAUUUGACAUUCUAGAGGUGGUAGCAUAUAUAGCAGUGGUAAAUGGAGGAAUAGAGAGGUUAAGGUUAGAAAAAAUGGAAACUAGGUUUUGUUGUAUGCCAGUGAACAUCAUGACAACAACACAUUUGUAAACCUGCCUAUCUGACUUGGUUGCCCCAGCUACUCUGGGCGUCUUCCAGAAUAUAUAAAAACAUAGUAAAACAUUAAACCUUAAAAAACCUCCCUAUACAGAGCUGCCUUCAGGUGUUUCCUGAAUGUUAUAUAAUUACUUAUCUCCUUAACAUCUGAAGGGAGGGCAUGCCACAGGGUGGACACCACUACCAAGAAGGCCCUCUGCCUGGUUCCCUGUGGCUUCACUUCUCGCAGGGUGGGAACCGUCAGAAGGCCCUCGGUGCUGGAUCUUGGUGUCUGGGCUUUCAAAGUCAGCACCAACACUUUGAAUUGUGCUCGGAAACGUACUGGGAACAAAUGUAAGUCUUUCAGGACUGAUGGAUGCUACAUGAUCUCGGCAGCUGCUCCUAGUCACAAGUCACACCUUGGAUCCUCCAUUUUCAUACAAAUACCCACAUGCCAUUCCAUUGGAAGUAUCAAAACACAAACCUUUUUGCUAAAAUAGCCCCAGACCUGAUGCUUGACACACAGGAAUCACUUCUAAAAGAUACAUAAGCUCAAAAGUCAUAAGGGACCAUCAAGAGUGGGAAAGUAAAAUAAAGUCAUACCUCGGUAUAAAUACGCUUCAGGAUAGGUAUUUUCGGGUUGCGCUCCGCGGUGACCCGGAAGUAACAGAGUGCGUUACUUCUGGGUUUCUCUGCUCGCGCAUGCGCAGACGAUAAAAAAUGUCAACAUGCGCAGAAGCGACGAAACGCGGCACACACAAACGCGCUGUUGCGUCUUACAUUUGUUCAGGAUGCGAACGGGGCUCCGGAACGGAUCCCGUUAGCAUCCCGAGGUACCACUGUAUACAGUUUUGAACAUCUUUCACGAGCUUUGAUGUGUUCCUUAAAUGUUGUUCUUAGCCUCAUUGAGUAGUUUGUUAGAACUGUGGGGUAUAAGUUGCUGAAAUCAAUCAAAUCAAAGGUACUUCUUUCUUGAGGUCUGAUUAAGGCAGCAACCACAAUGUUAGGAACUGAAUCAUAGAAUCAUAGAGUUGGAAGAGACCCCAAGGGCCAUCGAGUCCAACCCCCUGCCAAGCAGGAAACACCAUCAGAGCACUCCUGACAUAUGGUUGUCAAGCCUCUGCUUAAAGACCUCCAAAGAAGGAGACUCCACCACACUCCUUGGCAGCAAAUUCCACUGUCGAACAGCUCUUACUGUCAGGAAGUUCUUCCUAAUGUUUAGGUGGAAUCUUCUUUCUUGUAGUUUGGAUCCAUUGCUCCGUGUCCGCUUCUCUGGAGCAGCAGAAAACAACCUUUCUCCCUCCUCUAUGUGACAUCCUUUUAUAUAUUUGAACAUGGCUAUCAUAUCACCCCUUAACCUCCUCUUCUCCAGGCUAAACAUGCCCAGCUCCCUUAGCCAUUCCUCAUAAGCCAUCGUUUUCAGACCUUUGACCAUUUUGGUUGCCCUCCUCUGGACUGCGCUGGGGGCUUUUGAAAUUCGACAUGGAGAAUGGAAUUGACAGACCAAUAUCACACAGGUGGUUUUGCACUACAUACACAAGAUUUUACCCUCUGUUAAGUAAGCCUGAACAAGUAAUGCUCACUGAUUCUGUGCUCAAGACAAUAACAUGGAUUAGAAUCCCCACUUCACACAUUAUUGUCCAUUAGUCUUUCCUUUUAAGUGCCCUGAUUGCUGCAACAUAUUUAAGUGAUACUAGUCACUCCUUAACAUGUAGUAAAUGGCCUCGUGUGCCUCUCCUUCUUUGGGUAGCACUAAAUGGGCCUGUCAGUCUGCCAGAAAAGCCCUUCUGUCCAUGGUCCAACACUGUAAGCAGAAACGGGCACGGCUUGGCAGUAAUUAACUUUAUUGCUCAGUAACCAAGGAGAUAGCAUAAAGCAGAUCCCUCAGCUAAGCAAGUCAGCUGCAGAAGCUAAAGUUCCUGCCCCCUUUCCCCCCUAUUUAUUUAUUUUUUUGCAUUUUUUUGCUGUGACUCAGCUUUUCUUAAUUGUUCCAGCCUUUUCUAGACGCUUUGUUCCUUCACUGAGAAUCAUAGAAUAUUAGAGUUGGAAGGGACCCCAAGGGUCAUCUAUUCCACCCCUGCAAUUCAGGAAUCUCAGCUAAAGCAUCCAUGACAGAUUGCCAUCCAACCUCUGCUUUAAAACCUCCAAGGAAGGAGAGACUACCACCUCUCGUGGGAGUCUGUUCCACUGCUGAACAGCUCUUACUGUCAGAAAGUUUUCCCGAAUGUUUAGUCAGAAUCUCCUUUCUUGCAACUUGAAGCCAUUGGUACAAGUUCUACCCUCCAGAGCAGGAGAAAACAAGCAUGCCCCCUCCUCCAUGUCACAACCCUUAAGAUGGCUAUCAUAUCUCCUCUCAGUCUCCUCUUUUCCAGGCUAAACAUACCCAGCUCCUUCAAGCGGCUUGGUUUCCAGACCCUUGAUCAUCUUGGUUGCCCUCCUCUGUACACGUUCCAGCUUGUCAACAUCCUUCUUAAAUUGUGGUGUCCAGAAUGGGACACAGUACAGUGGAACAACUUAGUUCUUGAAAAAUUUGGAACUUGGAACCCGAACGCUGCAAACUCGGAAGUACCGUAUUUUUCGGACUAUAGGACGCACCGGCCCAUAGGACGCACCUAGUUUUCAGGGGGGGAAAUCAAGGAAAAAAAUAUGAUUUCCCCCCCGCAGCUCUGGGAGUAGCAGACAGGCUGCGUGCAGCCUGUCUGCUACCCAAGACCUUCUCCCUGCUUUGGCGGGAGGUGGCGGAAUUCCCCCACCUCCCGCAAAGCCCACAGGAGCCGCGCGCGACUCCUGCGGGCUUUUCGACCAGGAGGGAGAAGGGACUGAAACGGCCAGUCAGUCCCUUCUCCCUCCUUGGGGAAAAGCCCCCAAGAGCCGCUUGCUCAGUGCUCCGGUUUGCGAACUUUUUUCAGAAGGCGAAAGUGCUCAGUUUCGAGGGCCACGCUUCCGUUUUGAGUGCCAAAUUUACGUUUCGAGGGCUACACUUCCGUUCUGAGUUCUACACUGAGAUCUGUCUGUUUUUGCUAUUCAUUUUGUGUUUUUGUGGCUUUUUGUUUUAUUUUUUGUCGCUCUAUGGAACCCAGUUCAGCUACUGAUUGAUUGAUUGAUUGUGCGACUGCGGAAAUGGAUAAAUGCUGCAAAGUCAAGAGAACCAUUAACAUUAGAGGUAAAUGGUUAAAUUGCUGUUUUAGGGGUUGUUUCUAAAAGUCUGGAAUUUAUCCAUUUUGCAUUACUUUCUAUGAGAAAGUGUGCCUUGAUUUUGGAACGCUUUGGUUUUGGAAUGGACUUCCAUAACGGAUUACUGUAUUUUUCGCUCUAUAACACGCACCAGACCAUAACACGCAUGUAGUUUUUAGAGGAGGAAAACAAGAAAAAAAUAUUCUAAACGAAACAGUGGAUGUAUGAUCUUUGUGGUUCAUGCUGUGGCCACAGACAUGUGAUCUGACGGUGAGUUUGGGGUAGCUCAAUGCAAAAAUCCUGAGGAUCCAUGUGGAUCCAUGCUAAAGUCACCCUAAAGUCGCAGGGGCGCUGGAAGUUGCAGGGGCGCUGGGGGAGUGAACGGGAAGCAAGAGAAGGAGAACGAUGCCACACACACACACACACAGAGUAUCAACCCUAAAGUCGCAGAAGAGCGCAGGGGCGCUGGGAGAGUGAACGGGAAGCAGGAGGAGGAGAAUGAUAGCUCAAGCACACACACACACAGCCCCUACAGUGGCUAAUCCAAAAUCGGACAGCAAAAAACUGCAGGCAGGUACAGAGAGCACGGGGUUGUUUUAAAGCAGCCAACCCCGCUCUGCUUCUCUCCCUCCGCUCUGCUUCUCUCCCUCCUCCCCGGCUCGGCUGGCUGAAAAGCUUUGCUGCUACUUAGCAGCUCAGUGGGGAGGAGAGAGGGACAUAGAGCACGGGGUUGUUUUAAAGCAGCCAACCCCGCUCUGCUUCUCUCCCUCCUCCCCGGCUCGGCUCGCUGACAGGAGCCGCUUACACCCACUUUGCUGUUUCAAAGCGAGCCACAGACUGCUCACAACUGCAGCAGAUUCCCCCGCCAUCCGUAGGCAUUCGCUCCAUAACACGCACAGACAUUUCCCCUUACUUUCUAGGAGGAAAAAACUGCGUGUUAUGGAGCGAAAAUUACGGUAAGUUUGAGAACCAAGAUACCACUGUAUUCCAAGUGUGGUCUGACUAAGGCAGAAUAGAGUGGUACUAUUACUUCCUCAGAUCUGGAAACUACUGUUGAUGCAGCCUAGAAUAGCAUUAGGGUUUUUUUUGCUGCUGCAUCACACUGUUGACUCAUGUUCAGCUUGUGGUCUACCAAGACCCAUAGAUUCUUUUCACAUGUACUGCUAGUAAGCCAGGUGUCCCCUAUCUUAUAUUUGUGCACCUGGUUCCUCCUGCCUAAGUUCAGAACCUUACAGAAUGGGGCUGGAGGAAGGAGCCAAUUCAGUAGUCUAUUGCAGAGCAGGAGACACAGCCCCUGCUCUUUCUCCUUCUCUAUCAGCGUCUGUGGCUACCUCAAGCCUCUCCCCUUCACCAUCACUCUCUGCUGAUGAUUCCUCUCUGUCCCACCAGUCUGAACCUGGUUCAAAGCUCCCUUCCCUCUCAGGUGUCUCCUGGGCCACUGGCUGCCACCACUCUUCCUCCUCCAGCCAGUCACUGACAGGGUCUCUGUUUGUCUUGAAGUCCUACUCUCUUAACUCAUUAAUGGCUAAUCUAGACAUGCCUCCCUAUGGUAAUUGUCUGGAAAUCAUACUUUGGUUAGUAAUUGGUAAUUCUAUAUUGUUAAUUCCUAGGCCAUUAGCUGCAAAACAAGCAAUAAUGUGUGUUCAGUGCUCAGCAGCAGUACAAAUUAAAAGUUUUACAAUUUACAAAUUACAAUUUUUAUGGUCUGUUUCAGCACUUUGCAAUUUUUCAAUAUAUUGGUUGAUAACGAUUUUGACCUAGCAAUACGCAGCAAUAGUGAAUCUUCAGCUCAGUGAAUCUUUUAGGCAACAUUUUCCUGUUGAAUGCCGUCUCCCACGCUAUACGAAUACCAAAUCUCAUCGCUUCCUGGCUUGUAAUCUAAAAACUGAGGGAGGAAGGAGUGAGGAGCUAAGAUACAAGCUUCCGGUUUGAAUUGUUUGUUUAUUAUUGCAAGCUUUCAAUGUUGCCUAUUGACUGCCAGGCGGCACCAAACCUAAGCCCAAUCUGGUGGCAGCUUUUUAUGGGAUCUAGAAAUACCUUUUACGGCAAGUAUAAUGGCCUUUUUUCAAGAGACCUAUGUGCAAAAUUGACAACACAUUAAAGUAAAAUUUUGAUCUGCACGUGGCAAUUUCUACUCAGGUGAUUCAAAAAAGGAGUUUUGAGGGAGGCUGGUGAAAAUAUGUGGUGGGGACUCAGCUUUUGCAUAAAUGGUCUUAGGUGCCUCUGUUAGAUGCCCCAUGCCUGAAGAGCAUCUCACCUUGUUCUUGGUGCAUGUUAUGAUGCUGCUGAGUAAACAUCUGUCAAAAUUACUAAUGUUUCUUUGUGUUCCUUGUGAUCUCAUGCUGUAAACUGGUAUGUCUUUAUAUAAACAUACCAAGUUGAUAUUAUGGUACUUGAUCUGGAAAAUGGCUUUCUUAAACACAAAUAGGUGAAAGCAGUAGUGUUAAGAACAAAUUUCUUAAAGAAGGGAUUGUCAUAAUCAAAUUAAAUGCAGGGAAGGGCGUAACAGAACUGUGGGAGGCUAUGGUUCACAUCCCUAUACAGAUGUUUGCUCAUGUAAUGGCUGACUUUAAAUUACGGACUUAAACCUUGCAUGCUUCUCUUUCAGUAGGCCUUUCCCAGCCUGAAAUAAAAAUUGAUUUCCAGUUCCUGGAAUGCAUAGCUUGGCUUUGUCUUUGUUCCUCGUGGGGAAGAUGGUUUUCUUCGCCAUCCCCUUUUUUAUUUCUUAAUUUAUUUAUUUAAAAUCAUUUCUGAACCAUGUCAUAUUUCAAAAGGAAUCUUUUAAGUGAUUUACAGGUCUUAAAUAAUGAAACAGAACAUGGCAAAAUAGCAAAAUAACGAUCCACAUUGAAUGCAGUGUAAUUAGCAGGAGAGUGGCAUAAUUACAACAUAUUUUUUAUAGAAAGUUCAUUUCUGUUACAUUGCAGACCUUCUGUUCUAGAGCACUGAGAAAUUGCCCAUAAUUAUGAUGAGUUACAUGUGUAGCUUGUGUGUUGUAAGAACACCUGUACUUUGGGUUGGCAGAGUGCAUUUCUAUGGCACACACCUGUGGGAUCCCUCUCAGUGAACUAGGCUACCCAGUGUCUAGUGUGUUGGGUAGGGGAGCUGUGGCAAAAAUAUGCCCUUUGUUCGUUCCAUGGAUAGGUAGAGCCCAAAUUCCCUAUCAAGAGACGGAGUUGGGAAACAUGAAAGUAGGCACAACCAGACUUUAUUUCUGAAACAGGGCUGAGUGGUCAAUUCCCUGGGCUAUCGCUCCAAGAGGACUGACCCAGGGCUUUGGGUGGUGCUCUUCUCUUUUACACAAGACUACACAAAGACCUGACAGAGGUGCAGAAAACUACGUAUUGACAAAAAGCAGUUAGAAGUGGUCUGGCACAUUAGGUAGGUAUAAGCAGUUUAAACAGGUUUUGGCCAGUUCUAUGAUCUUCAAGGUAAAAAAGAGAGAGAUUGUAUUGCUAUACCAUAUAUAGUCGUACCUUGGAAGUCGAAUGGAAUCCAUUCCGGACGUCCGUUCGACUUCCAAAACCAAAUUGUGGCUUCUGAUUGGUUGCAGGAAGCUCCUGCAGCCAAUCAGAAGCCACUGAAACCUUGUUGGACAUUCGGGUUCCAAAAGAACGUUCGCAAACAGAAACAAUCACUUCGGGGUUUGCGGCGUUUGGGAGCCAAAACAUCUGAGUUCCAGGGUGUUCGGAAUCCAAGGUACGACUGUAUAGGCAUUCCAGUCUAACACAUUCUUGAAGGGUUCAUGUGCAGGUUAUUAUGGCUUUACUUCAGUUAAGCCAGCAGAUACAGAAAGGCUAGUGGAUAGAUACACAAGUAGAACUACAAAGAUCCAUUUUAAUGCAAGAGACCAGGCGGCCGAAGUAGGUUUUGUCUUCACGAGAGGAGUGUCACCAAAUACAACACUUUGCUAGGCAUUUCUAUGUGGGGAGGUAAGCAUUCAUUUACUGGUGAUAUAGUUCAGAGGUGCCUUCACACACAGUGGCAGAGGGAGGCAAAACCUACCUAUGCCCCUGGUAAGCAAAGCCAUUGAGGGCCAGGUAUAAAUGAGUUUUUGUGUUUAAUAUGACUGGUUUUUAAAACAAAAAUAGCUGCCAUGGUGGUGCUCAGCUGGAACUGCAGUGAGUGGAGAAGUUGAGCUUGGCUUCCCUCCACUGUCACUGUAAUCCUGAUGAAGAUGGCCUCCUCCAGUCCACUGCUAUUUGCAUUGUGAAGGAAGCUCUCACUGGCAAUGAUGCAGUUAGCAGCUUGGACCCCUGGGCACCCACUUGUGGGGUGCCUCAGGACUCUGUACUCUCCUCCAUGCUGUAUGAGAGAUCAUCAGGGGAGUUGGGCUGGGUGUAUACCAAUAUGUGGAUGAUACCCAGCUCUACCUCUCAAAGGCAGUGAACGUCCUGUGUGGGUGUCCAGAGGUGGUUGGGGGCAAACAGAUUGAGGUUGAAUCCUGACAAGACAGAAGUACUGUUUCUGGGGGACAGUGGGCAGGUGUGGGGGACUCCCUGGUCCUGAAUGGGGUAACUGCCCCUAUCUCCCUCCCAUUUUGCUUGCCUUCUCUCCCCUGCUAUUUGUAAGUCCUCAUUGGACAGCCACUUUGCUUUCUUGCAUUUCCUUUUCAGUGCUGCCUCCUGUAUAGUGUUUUGAGCCUCCAUCCAUGGUUAUUCAGGCACUCUGUCCACCAAAUCGAAAUCCUUAAACCUGUUCCUCACUUCCACUGUGUAUUCAUUAGGGAUUUGAUUUAGAUUGUAUUGUGUUGUCAGGAAUGCAUCUGCACCCCCUUCCAUUACAUAAAGAGAUAUGAAAAGUGUAGUGUCAGAUCUUCAAUAACAAGAAGAAGGACUCUAGAGACAAGAUCCUGAGCAAGUAUAGCUUCAGUAUGUGACAAAGAGCAAGGAAACAGGGAAUUCUGUUUAAAAAUGAAAAGGGAAAGAGGGAAUGGGAAAACAAAACAAAACAAAAAAGAGAAGCCUUUAUUCUUGGAUGCACUGACCUCCAUCCCUUCUGUCCCUACCUGCAGGUGUCCAUCACUAA